CCCAGCCCUGUGUCCAGCCCUCAGUGGAGCAGCUAGUUUUUUUUUUGUUUGGAGUGAGCCCUGGAGCAUUGCAUUAAGGUGUUGGAUCUUUACUAUGGGAAAGGCUCAUUGAUUGCUCCUGCAUGAAGUUGUGUCUGGCUUUGCCCCCUCUCCCCAGCUCCAUGGCUUCCUUCCCGGACUCCGACUUCCAGCUGUGCCCCCUGUGUAAGGAGAUGUGCGUGUCCUCUGCCCCCAUCUCCUCGUCCAGCUCGUCCUCCUCGCAGAGCAGCAGCAGUGGUGGUGGCGGCAGCAGCCUGGGCUCGGCUCCCCGCCGGCUGCACGUCUUGCCCUGCUUGCACGCCUUCUGCAGGCAGUGUCUGGAGGGCCACAGGGGCCCCGGGGACUCUCUGCGCUGCCCGGUGUGCGAUCACAGCGUGCUGAUGUCGGAGGGCGGCAUGGACGCGCUGCCCAGCUCUGCCUACCUGCGGCUCAGUAACCUGCUGGAUGCGGUGGUGGCGGCGGCGGAGGAGCCGCCUCAGAGUAAUGGGAGUCGGGCUGCCGGGGGGGCUCGGAGACACCAUCAGCCGCCCCCCCGCUCCCGCUCGGCAUCCUGCUCGUCCUCCAGCCUCCUCCGCCGGGCUCCGCUCAGCCAGCCCGAGCCGCGCUGCUCCUCCUGUGACGAGGGGAGCGGGGCCAGCUCGCACUGCCUGGAGUGCCGGGAGAACCUGUGCGACAACUGCGUGCGGGCCCACCAGCGGGUCCGGCUCACCAAGGACCACUUCAUCGAACGCUUCCCGGCCAGCCGGGCGCCUACCUCCCCCUGCGGAUCCGUGGCUUCCAGCGCCGCCACCACCUCGUCCUCCUCCACCUCGUCCUCUUACCAGGGCAGCGCCUUCUCCGUCCUGUCCGCCUUACCGGAGAGACUGGGCUACUGCCAGCAGCACGACAGCGAGGUAGGUACCCCUGAUAGAUAGUGAACUGGUACCCUGGUACCCAGUCUGUCUCAUACUACCCUGGUACCCAGUCUGUCUCAUACUACCCUGGUACCCAGUCUGUCUCAUACUACCCUGGUACCCAGUCUGUCUGUCUCAUACUACCCUGGUACCCAGUCUGUCUGUCUCAUACUACCCUGGUACCCAGUCUGUCUGUCUCAUACUACCCUGGUACCCAGUCUGUCUGUCUCAUACUACCCUGGUACCCUGUCUGUCUCAUACUACCCUGGUACCCAGUCUGUCCUAUAUUACCUGUCAGUCUGUCUGUCUGUCCUAUAUUUCCUGUGACCCAGUCAGUCUGUCCUAUAUUUCCUGUGACCCAGUCAGUCUGUCCUAUAUUACCAGUCAGUCUGUCUGUCCUAUAUUGGCUGGCUGUCCUAUAUUGCCAGUGACCCAGUCUGUCCUACAUUAUUUGUGACCCAGUCUGUCGGUCUGUCCGCCGUUACCUGUUGACCCAGUCUGUCCUACAUUACCUGAUAACCCUGCUCUCGGCUGCCAUGGUUUGCAGGCAGAACAAUCAGUGCCAGGAACUAAUAAUUAUAGUAAUAACUAGGUUUGCAUGUUAUUUUGUAAGGAUCCAUGUUGGGAAUCUCCCCCAAGCUGAUGUAGAACUACAACUCCCAUUAUGUCUUGGUUAGUCUCUAGGCUGGAAGAGAAUGAUGGGAGUUGUAGUUCUGCUGCAGUGGAGGGGGGUUGCCUUCUGGUACCUUUGUUACAUAACAUGCUUGUGUGUACAUUACACCUGGGGGUGUGUCUAUGUGCACAGCCUAUCUGUAUGGAGAUAUUAUUGUUAUUAAUGCCUCUUACACACAGGCUUACAAAUAAAAAUGAUAGCCCCCUGCAGUUAUACUGUAUUUAUAUUAACAUUGUCCUGUAAUGAUCUAUCACAGAGACUUCUGUCCAUGUCUGAACUGCCACAAUUUACUGUAUUUGCGAAUUGUUUAUUUUCCCUGAAUAUAGAGUGCAAAACUAUUUUCUUUAAUUACAAAGAACACAUUAACAAAAGAGAAAAAACUUAUGCUAACCAGUUGUUACUGUGCAGAGAAAAAAAUUAGACUUAAACCAGUUAUUUUCACUUCCACAUCUUUCAUGUUUCAUUACCUUCUUUUAUUUUAUUGUACUUUUCUCCCCAAGUACUCUUUAUUGAGUGUUGCAUUUUAUUGUGAUAUAGAAUUGUGUUUUAUUUUUUUAUUUUUUUUUGACAGUCAAACAGUCCUUAAAUCUUAAUUUAUGCCAAAUAGGUCAUUUUUAAGAGUAUUCUACUUGAAUCGUGUUUAUGUUUAUCUAUUUUUUUCAACGUAUGUCAGUGACUUCAAUGAUUAACUUUUAGUGCCAUAUUGCUCUGCAAAAAAUAAAAUGAACUGUAAGUGGGGAUAACAUGCUAAGUUUUUUUUUUUUUUUUUUUCAAAAUGUUUAAAUACUGUUCAAAGAUUUUUAUUCAGUAUUGUAUAGCAGCCUUUAAAAAAGAAAAUCUGUUUAAAUCAUUAUCCUGUAAUCAAUCAGUUGAUUCGAGUGUGGGGGAAACAAGGGAGGAUUUUAUGUUGUUGAGUCAGAUGUUACUACACAUAUUUUGUGUUCUGCAUUGGUGCAAAAUAGUAUACCAAAUUUAAUACAAAGCAUUCUUAAUAUCCCUUUUUGGUCAGGUGAAUUUGUUGUGUAAAACCCUAAAGCAGCAAGCUGUACUAAAUUUUGUUUGUGACUAAAUAUACUCUAUAACAAUGCCAAACUACAAAAGAGUUCACUUAAAUAAUGAAAUCAAACAAAAGAGAGUGACAUAUGUAUUUUAUAGUGUACAGUCACAUGCCUAAUUUAUUUUUGUGACACUCCAUCAGCAUAUUGAAAUAUGUUGGCUUUUUAUAAAAUAUUUUGUACUAAAGUAGCUUAUGUGUUGUUGUUGUUGGUUUGUGAAACUGUUUUUCUUUUUCUUUUUUUUUUCUUUUCUUGUUUUUAGAUUUUGUAAUGUAAAUGCCUUAGAUAUGUAUUAUAUGAGCAUUUCAUUUGUUGUAAAUAUAUUUAUUGUAGCUCCUAUUUCAAUAUAGACCUUACACAUGAAAUGAUGUAGCUUCCACUUUUACACCUCUUACAGUAUGUGAUCUUGUUUUUAUAUUGGUUAAUUUUCUGCUACCAUAGCAAUGAACAUGCGUAUCCACAUAUGUACUGUACACUGACACGUGAAUCUGUGGGUGUUGAAUAGUGUUUGCCUGUUGUCUCUGGGUUUUGUUUUUUUUAAAUACAUUUUCUUUAACUUUUUUUUUUUUUCCUCCAAUUGCACAUGGAAAAAUAAAUGCUCACCUGUCUCAUAAUGAGUUGGCUGUUUGUCAUGCGGAGUAUAUAAUACUUGGUAAAAAAAACAAUUUGGAUUUAAAAAUUAGGGUUUUUUUUUUCUUUCAGUUUUAUAUAAUUUUUAAUUAUUUAUAUAGCGCCAUCAGGUUUCGUAGUGCUGUACAAUUAUAUUGAGUGAUUGCACUAUUAAAUUAAUCCUGACAUGUUUGUUAGUACUGUCCGUUGAAUGUCUAUAAUUGGCUUAGUAUUUGUAGAACCCAGGUAGAUUAAAAUAAUUGGUAUACGUUUGUGUACCUGUGAGGAAAGGUAUGCAUUAUACAUGUUACCUUUCUCUCUGGUAUAUUCACUAAAAGGCUUUUUUUUUUUUUUUUUUUUUUUUUUGGGAAUAAGUUAAACAUGUUGCAUAUAUACCCUUUUAAAAUUCUAUGCUUUAUACAUAACAUACUAAAUAAUGUACAAUCAAAGAGCAUGGAAUUGUAGCUACAACACUUAUUUGACAUGUCUUUUUAUGCUGUAUAUGAGCAUAAAUAAGGGAAAAUAAAUUGCUUUUGAGAAUAACAUGAAUACAGUACAAACUUUGGUGAAUUCUAAAAAUACCAUUUUCCCAAUGAAUUUUGUUUAAUAUGCCCAAGUACUUGGUAUAGAAUGUAGUGAACCACCUCUUUUAUUUAUAAAUUGUUUUUAUUUUGGAAGGGGUAUGACAAGUAGAGAAAUAAUUUUGUAAACAUUUAGAAUUUUUUUUUUUUUUUUUAUCUAGAUAUUUUACGGUGCUUAGUCAGUCUUUAGAAAUUUUAAUAUAACCCUUGAUGGUCUUGAAUCACUUGUGGGGGUGUUUUUACAUUUUUUUUUUUAAAUUUUUUUUUUAUUUUUUUUAUUUAAAACAACUUAUUUUAUUAUGGUACUUUUCACAUUUUUACAAAAACUUAACUUUUUAUCCUGAGUACUGGGAAUCACUUUUGGCCUUUGUACGAUGGAGCUACUACUUACACUAAAAAAAAUAAAAAAAAUAAAAAUGAAUAUAUAUGCAUGUGUAUUACGCCUGUUUUCUUGGUUUUUUCAGUGCAUUCAGUAUACAUUUUGAGAGAUUGCUAAGUUUUAGAAAUCACCUUGAACAAUAGUGAAUUGACAUAAUGUGUUUUAUCCCAGUCACUUUUUAUGAAUUGGAUAUGGCAAAAAAUUUCAUUGAGGAGAUCUGUUAUACCACUGUCUAGAUAUCUUACCACUUUCUAAACAAUAUUGUUCUUUUUGUAAUUGUGGUCCUAUUUAAUAUAUACAAUUGCAACUCAAUAUAGAGUAACAAAUUCCUAUGUAAAUGCACUGCCAUAUUUUCCACAUAAAUACUUUGACCAUUUUUAUGGUAGUUGCAUUUACCCACUCCAGUGAAAUUUUAAAUGAGUUUGACUUUAUAGUGUCAGCCUCUCUCAUUUCAUUUAACAUUUUUCGUUACUCGUGGCUCAUUUUACACAUUUUCUAUUUUCAGAAUAAUUUUUAGUUGCAAUAUUCUUGAUUUUUAUUUACAAAGCCAGUUUGUGUGUUUUGUUAUUUUAAAAAAAGCUCGAAAUGCAGGGGGAAAACAUGAUUCUAUGGUUAAAAUGCACAGUCGGAAGUGUGCACCAUGGUUUUUAACAAAAUGUCCUGCUAUUUAGUUAGCAGGACUGUUAAAUCAUGUAAAUAACUUAAUAGGUGCUUCAAACUAAAUGUACCAACAAAGAAAUAAUUUUUUAUAAACCUUAUAAAAACAAGUGUAACUUUAUAUUUCAUUUGAUGUGUACAAGUUCUCACAUAUUUUUAUCAUAUGAUUUAGAAUUAUUUAUCAUUUUCAGUUAACUUUUGGAAUAAAAUUUUGCGUCUUGCCACAAAUCAGUGUUAAAAUAUUCACAAUGUCUGUAGGUUUACACUGUAUAUUAAAUUGAUAAAUUCCUUCCCCUGGUUUAAAAUAAAUACACAACAUAAAUUUAAAAAAAUCUCAGCUGCAGCAGUUUUGAAUUAUCUAUUUUCUAAAAACUUUUUUUUUUUUUAAAUAUAUGACAACUUCCAGAAUGCCACACACAAUUUAUUAAAAUGGCCCAGGCAACUGAGCACAUAACUUAAAGCCACCAUUCUGUGUGAUGUCUUUGUAAUGACGUGCUAUUUUAUUAUAAUUUGUUAUGCCACUGGACAAAAGUCCAGACUCUUGUACUAGACCUUGUGUGGGAUUUAAAAAUCUAACCGCAUCAAGCUAGUGUUAUUAGAGGGCUAUUGUAAGCACUUUAAUGACUACAUCUUAUUGUAGUAGUUUUGGUGGAAAGAGAUAAUGGGUGCAGUUUCCAAGGUUUUUGUCACUUUUUUUUCCCCCACCAUAAUAUUUGACAAAACCAGUUGAUUCGUGAGAACCAAAGACACAUCUGUCUGCUUGGGAUAAGUUGUACUUCCUCGAUAUUGGUUUAAAAUAGCACCCCACUCGCCCCCCAAAAAAUCACAACAGUUUAAAAAAAAAUAAAAAAAUAAAAUGCAAUGCAUUUAUUAGCAUUUUGUGCCGUGUGUGGGGGGGGGGGGGGCCUUAAUUUUUAAACUAAAUUCUGAAAAGUACAAAGUUCUUCUAUAAGUUAUUUAGCAUUUAAAAAAAAAAAAAAAAUAAAAAAAAAAAAACCUGCUCGAUGCAUAGCACUUCUUUAAACAAUUUUCUUUUUCUUCCCGAUAUAUGUGCCCAGCCCCUAUAUAAAGUGCCCUGGUCAGUGAUUUUUUUUCUUUACUAGAAAAACCUGAAAAGGUUAAGAUUAGGUGGCCUUGGGAUUCCUAGUUUGCAGCUCCUUUUGAAGACCCUAAAUAGCCCUCCAUUGUUGUGAUAGUAGGCACCAGAGUGUCUGUUUUCCAAACAUUCCCUGAUCACUGUCUCUGUAUUUGGAGUAAUGAGCUCAAAAGUCUAUUGUCCUAGAGUCAAUAAAUUCCUCUAGGGUUUUUAUUUCUUUGGGGUAAUUGUACAGAACUUCAAAGAUGUAAGGAUUUUAUCUUAAAUGGUACAUUGUACAAAUUCUCCCCUCCUUUAGCAUAUGCCUGUGAUCACUUCAGUAAUCAAACCAAAAGCCCCGUUUACAUUUUGGCCCUUAUCGUGUUCUAUACAGCCAUGACUGGCUACAGUGUAUGUGCAGGUGGCCAUAUAAUGGACUAAAUAUUUAUUGCCAGGUAUAUUUAUUAUAUGCUUGCGAAAUGUUUUGAAAUGUGAUUUUGGAAAUGUCUGGUUAAAAAUUGGUACAUGAUCAUAGGUCAGGUAGGUACUUAAAGUGUUCCAUGUAAACUAUUUUUAAAGAUAAACCCCCCCCCCCCCAAAAAAAAAAAACUGCGAUUUGGUUUUAAACCAGUCGCUGCCUCCCUGCAACUGUGUAAAAAAGCAAUGUUUCGCUUGAUACUGUAGUGUUUUUCUACAAUUUUAGUCUUCGAACAAUUCUCUCUAAACUGUAAUGAAAUUAAAGACGUAAAGGGACACAAUAGUCACCAGAACCCCUACUACUUAAAGUGGUUCUGGUGUCUAUAGCCUGUCCCUGUAGGCAUUUCAAUGAGGCCCUGAACAUUCUCCAUAGAGAUGCAUUGAUUCAGUGCAUCUCUGAGAUGUUUAUGGAUGCAGCGUUUUGCCAUGCAUGCGCAAUAGCCUCCCAAUGCUUCCCUAUAGGAAUGUAUUGGAUGGACUGAGAUGAUCACAUUUGAUGUUCUCAGAAAUGAAAGCAGAGCCAGCGCAAAAUCACCUUUUGUGUGUGUGUGUGUAUAUAUAUAUAUAUAUAUAUAUAUAUAUAUAUAUAUAUAUAUAUUCUCACACAUUUCCCCCCUCCCCCAUAUAUAUAAUUUUACAUAAUGUGUUUUUUUUUUUUUUUUUAAAUUAACUUGGAAAAUAACAAAAUUUCUCUCACUUUUUAUUCAUAUUAAAUUUUGUUCCAUAUAUAUAUACAUAUUUCAAGUGAAACAAAAGCCCUGUUUCUCCUGAACAAAAUGAUGUAUAAGUAGUGUGGGUGCAAUUAAAGGACCACUAUAGUGCCAGGAAAACAUACUAGUUUUCCUGGCACUAUAGUGCCCUGAGGGUGCCUCCACCCUCAGGGCCCCCCGGGCUCUAGGGGGUAGAAGGGGUUAAAUUUACCUCUUUUUCCAGCGCCGGGCGGGGGACUCUCCUCCUCCUCCUCAGCUAAAUUCUCAAUGCUUUCCUAUGGACGCUGGCGUCUUCUCCCUGUGAAAAUCACAGUGAGAAGCGCGGAAGCGCCUCCAGCGGCUGUCGGUGAGACAGCCACUAGAGGCAGGAUUAACCCUAUUAUAAACAUAGCAGUUUCUCUGAAACUGCUAUGUUUAUAGAAGAAAGGGUUAAUCCUAGCUGGACCUGGCACCCAGACCACUUCAUUAAGCUGAAGUGGUCUGGGUGCCUAUAGUGGUCCUUUAAUAAAUGAAAUAAAUGUUUUUUUUUGGGGGGGGGGGGUUAAAUGUGAAGCAAUUGCUAGAAAAUAAUGCAAUAGGAACCUGCCCCUUCUUCCCUCCACAUGGAAAUUACAUGUGCUCAUAGACAAAUUGGAGAUAAGAGAUGCAUAAUAUUUCUCACUUUGCUACAAAUCUGUCUCUGCUGAAUGUAGUGAUCUUUAUUGGCAUGUUCUCCUUCAGACUUUAAUAUAUACAGCUUGCCAUCAUCUCCUUUUUAUUACAAUCUGCGGCAGUAUCCUGAAGCUCGCUAAACACAUUUUUUUUUUCUGUCUUUCAAGUUGAAUAUAGAAGCACAUGUUGCAAAGCUGUGUCCAUUCUAAGUGCUGCUUUACUUCACCCACAACUACUGCCCUGGGUGGCUCCGUGAAGGUACCUUUAUAAAACCCUGACUCUAGAACCAAUGAUGGGAACCAAUGAUGGGAAGAUUCUGUGUUGACAAACCAGACUUUAGAGAGCCUAUGCCGCAUGUCCUGUUCAUUUCAAAAGGGGGUGUGGGUUGAAUAAAGCUGCAACCAAGCAGGACGUUCUGUACUGCUUUAGGAAUCAGAUUGUGAUGAUGGCAUGAAAUACCACUGGUCAUUAAUUGGUUAAAUAACAGAUUGCGUAUAGGAUAUAUCAUGAUUUCUAUGUUUUACAUGAGUGCCGAAGCAAUUUAAAACUUUGGGAAUGAGCUGCUGUGCCCUUUUCGAAUAAAUUAUUCCAGAGGAAAAACACUAAUUUAAUAGUCGUAUUCCCAGUUAGUUCAUAACCUACAUUACCACUAAGUGCCCGAGAGAGCCACAAAUUCUAGUACAAAGCGGCAAAGUAAGUGGAGAAUGCGAGGGGAAAAUUGUGUUGCGAAAAAAAAAAAAUUGGGCAAAGUUCUAAAAGUGGAGUUUACCAUGGAUACCAAUGGGACAAUCCUGCUGUUUCCAUUGUGAUUGUUCAAUUUCUAGAACUUUCAUUAGUACAUGUUACCACGUUUUGGGACAAGUGGUGUCUUUGCAUUUUAUUUUUUUUAAAUUUAAUUUCUCUUUAUUUCAUUAUAAUUUAUAAACAUAGACAUUACAGACAUACAUAUACAAAAAAGAUAUUAAUAGACCCUACCAAUUAAAUCAUCCAAAUACCUCAGUACAGUAAGUAGGUCUACAAUAUCAAGAAAAUAAAAACACAGAAACCAAUAUCACAAACUUAACAUACUAAAAUAACAUUACCCCAGUCAUCUUAGAAUUUAUCGUUCAUCUUAUAGGAAGUUCAUUCAAUUAUAACUUAAAUGGAAGAACCCAAGAGAGUGUAUACUUAUUACUUGAGUUUAAAAAAAAAUUUUUAACUGUAAAAUAUGUUUUCUCUUACUAUUGAUCUCCUAUUCACUGAAGAUCAAUCAGUUUAUCUAUCCAUUCAGUUAUCCACCUGCUAUUCUGCUAAGCCUUUUUAUUGAUCCACUUUAGACCCUGUUCCAUUUUACACUGGAAGACAAUUUGCUUUUUUAAUAUUGGCCAUCUAACAAAAACAUCCAAUUUCUAGCCAGUAGUAAUUUGGUGGCUGAAAAAGUGAGUUAGCAUUAAAGCUUGUCUAGGAUGUAAUUUCGGCCAGUUAAGAUGUAAUAAUGCUAUUUCAAUUCUUUUAUCAAUUGUAAAAUUCCCUAGAGCUUGCAACUUUUCAUAAGUCAAGUCCCAUAAUUUGGCUGCUACUUCACAUUUCCACCACAUAUGUAUAUAGUCUGCCUCGCCUUUAUCACACCUCCAACAUUUAUUUUCUUUAUUAUGAGAGAACUUAGAUAUUUUUUUAGGAUCCAGAUACCAAAAAUGUAUCACUUUGUAUUGAUUUUUCCAUUAUAUUCAAACAGUGGAUAUCUCGGCUAAAUCUCCUUAUUGCCGCUAACCAAUCUUUCUCAUAGAUCUGAAUCUGUAAUAGUUCAGACCAUUUAUUCAUAUAUUUAUUUUUCACACCUAAUGUUAAACAUGAUAUUGUCUUUGCAUUUUUUAUUACUUCACAGUUCAUCAUCUUAGUAUUGUCGCAACUUUUGCUGCUAACUUUAUUUUGCUCACUAAACUAUAUUUCUUAAACAAACAUUUUGGUUCUGUUAAUAUUCUGUGAGGAAUCUAAUCACUGAGCUACAUGGGUGCUCGCACUUCACAUACUACUUGACGGCAAAAUUAUUAUUUUUUUGUUAACAAAACGUAUUCGUUCAACCAGAUCAAGUCUAUUACUUGUAUAAACAUUUUUUUUUUUUCUAAAUAUUUAAUCAUAUCCAACCUUGUUAAUGCCUAUUCGCUAAUGAUUAAAAACCUAUUUUACACAAGAAGUGAUUCUAACUGCCUUUCAAAUGUCAUUGAAAUCUAGAAAUUAUAUAAUGGAUACUAAAGUAUAAAAGUUAAACUAUAUGGUCGUUUUUAAGCUGCUGUAUGGCUUUAAUAUAAAGCAAUGUGUUCAUCAUAUUAGUCAUCUGUUGAAAUAGAGAGGGUUAAAAGUAUCCAAAUGUCAUGAACCAUGUAAUAUAUUUUAAGAAACCUUAAUACAAUUGUUGUCUCAUGACUGAAAAUACAUGCGUGUGGUCACUACAUCUGAGCCACAAAAGCUGCACGUCGCUUUUUAGUGUGACUGAACUGAAAGUGGGUUGCACAGAGCGUACACUUAGGAAUUUUGACAUUCUGAAACCACAUGUUAAAAAAAAAAAAAAAAAAAAAAUGUUGUGAGCAGGAUGAACAGCCUCACUUUCUUUUUGUACUCGCUGUACCAUUUGAUAAUAUUCACGGUGUUUAAAUUCCAAUAAUCUGUCACAACGAAACCUGAAAAUUUGUAUUUCUUUCAUUUUUUCCAAAUGGUUAAUUUUUGUUGAAACAUCAUAACUUUCUCUUGGAAAAUAAGUGCUUAAAAACGGAGUGAUCUGUUUUCCCCCUCGCGAACAUUGUUUGGUACUCUUAUGAUUUAGGCUUAUUGACUAUUUUGUUGAAAAGGUGAUGCAAAUGCAACAAUGCGUUUUCGGAUAUUUACUUCCCCUUCUAAAGUAAUGAUGUAUAUCAUUAGCAUAUUCACAUCACAUUUUUAUUCUGCUGUAUGUUUAUAUAAGAUUUAGUAGAGUGCCUUCAGGGUACUUUACUAGAUUAGUGAUAUUGAUUUUAGUAAUUUGUAUCAAGGGGCACAUAAAGCAUUGUAACCAGGUAGAUUAGUGUAGAUAAAUUUUGAAAAGUGGGAGACCUGGCUGGGCUAGUCUGGAGUAGGUAGGUAAAUGUAAUUGGAGUAUGAGGGUUUGGGAUGAAGCAAGUCAGAGAUCAGGAAUAGUUUGCGUUUUUUUUAUAAAAGGUCAAGAACAAACAGGUUAUUAUUCCUUAAUGUGCAAAUGUUGCUCACGCAAUCUUGUUUAGAAAUAAUUUAAUAGCCCUGGUCAAUGUCAUUACUGUUUUCAGCUAUGUACCAAUCUAUCCUUUACACCCUUGCGCGGUAGGCAGUGUAGAACUGUUUCUGUCCUUGCACAUGGAGAGAGGACAUCAUUGUCACAAAGAAUGUCACACAAGGCAUGCACUUGACUUGGUUCUGUGGGUGUAAGAUGUAAAAAUCACUUUCCAUCUACACUGGAUAAAAAAAUUAAAAUAAAAUAAAUAUAUAUAUAUAUAUAUAUAUCCAUGUGAACGCCAACCACACACGUUCUGAUGUAAAUGCUGCCUCUACCAGGACCACUGGUUACUCUGCCAAGUAAUAUUAAAACCUGAAACACAAUUUAGCAUUAUUAUGUAAUUUACCUCAAACAAUUUUAUCUCCUGUAAAUUGAACUUUAAUCACAUACAGGAGGCUCUCUAGCAAGCUUUUAACUUAGCAAGGGAUAAGAAAAUCUAAAUUAAACAGCACUUGCAAUAGAUAAAGGAUAAACUUUAGAUUACUCUUUACAGGAAGUGUUUAGGAAGGCUGUGCAAGUCACAUGCAGGGAGGUGUGGCUAGGGUUCAUAAACAAAGUGAUUUAACUCCUAAAUGGAAGACUGCAGGGGUAUGUUCUAUACACCAAAACUGCUUCAUUAAGCUAAGGUUUUUUUGGUGACUAUAGUGUCCCUUUAAUACAGUGACUUGUAUUCUCAAAUUACUUACUGCAUAUAUUUAAGAGAUAUUACAGCAAUCAGGUGAACUGAAAAUAACGUAGAAAUUAACUGAAUAUGGUACCAUUGACUGUCCUAAAAAAGUAGCCAUAUAUUCUGUGUAGAAAGAAAUCCAUAAAAAAUACUUAGUAGUAAGAUGAAGGUGAGAGUUCAGCAACUACUACCUGUGGUAUUCUAAAAGUGUUUAAACACACACCACACCCCACCCCACCCCCACACCAUUUGGGUAAGGUCUACUCUGGUUAAGUGUAAACCAGUGCAAUUCAGUGAAUGGGGAAAGGAGUUGCAAGACGAGAUCUGAAAACCACAUGAGCUUGUGUACAGUAGUCUGUUCUUAUUUAUGUUUAUCUUGCUACCGGUUGGGCCUUCUGUUGUCAAGGAAUUCAUUAGCUUAAUGGGACACGGAAGGCACCAUAAUCUCUUCAAUCGGUUGAGAUGGUUAUGGUGCCUGGAGUCCUGGGGCACCUGAUUCUGGUGCAUCAUUGCGUAACACUUUCAAUGCUGUUAAGCAGAUGUCCUAGCAGCCCUGCCUUUGAUGUCUUCACACCUUACCUGCAUAGUUGGCAGAGAUAGGUUGGGAGCGUUGGCAUUCUCCGCCAACCACUGCCUCUAUCCCUGGUAUGGCACGAGGAGGAAUCCUCUGUGCCAUAUCGUCAUUGGAGGCUGCGCUUCAGGGAUUAAACCAUUCACCAUUGAUAUGCGACCCAGCGUCCACAAACUCCAGGAACCAUAACCACUUCAAUCAGCUACAGUGGUUAUGGUACCUACAGGUUUUUUUCUAAUGGGAAAGCAGGGACACCAGCUAGUAAAUCCAGUGUUAUACAGAGUAUACUGUACUUUAUAUUUGGUUCUCAAAUACCUUGAAGGAACACUAAAGUGUUAGGAAUACAAACCUGACCGUGUCCUACUGCUCGCUACCUUAUUCCCCACCCCAUUUUGCAGUUACAGGGAUAAAAAAACAAAACGUUAAAUACUCCCCUUAUUCAAGCUCUGCCUCCUCUGUCAGCGCAGAGGGGGGAAACUGUUGCGCAUGCGCGGUAUAUCCGCAUUAGGCCUUCUCCAUAGGAAAGCAUUGAAUCAGUGCUUUCCUGUGGGGGGUUUGAAAACUGGCUGCCCUCAUGCAAAGUGUAGUGAUGUCCAGUGUCUCAUCACGCACUGCCCGUGAUGACAUAAAAGACUCAAAGUGGUGUGCAUGUUCGGAGUAGAGGUAGCACAAAAUUGUGCAUCAUUCAUGGUAGGAGAUACCACACACUUUCCUCCUUGGUACACACGCUGAGGCAGAGUGUGGAGCUGGCUGGUUGCCCAGCAAUACAGGAGUGUGUAUCUGUAUUAUUCAUUUCUAUAUCUCUCAAUAGGCAUGUUCUCAGGAUAUAUCUUCAAAAUGGAGCAUUACAGAGUUAAUCUGUUCCAGAGUAAAAAACAAACAAACAGAUCUACGAUUUAUAUUUUAUGGGUCAAAGCAGAAUAUUCAUGUACAAUAUAAAUCUACUAUGGUGCCUUUUUUAUUUUAUUUUUUUCCUAGUAUUUUCCUGAACUGCAUACCUAACAGUAAUAAAGCUGAAUCUUCCAUCUGUAUCUGUUUUAUAUAAACCCCCUUUUAAGCAAGUGCCAGUAGCUCGAUCUGCUGUUUUCUUGUGCUUCUGUAUGGAAAUUGUGGGAGUGUUGUGGUGUGUCUCCAGCCUGCCUAUCUGCAGGGAUAACACACAAGGAGGAGGGCUUGGAGCACUGACAAGACUAUAUUGCUUUACGUCCCCUUUAUAAAACUGGGAGAGUUAGGCGAAAAAAUUAAAUGACAUCUCUGGGAUAAAAUGACUUUAAGAUAAACGCAGGCUAGGCUGGCUGCUGCCCGUUUUCUGUAUCUUCUCUUGUGAAAGAUUUAAAGAACUUUUAACUCGAUCUUCUGUACCUAUUGCAUGUAAAUACCAGAAUCUAACUGCUCUCAGCUGUUGACAGCAGCAAUCGGCAGCAGCUGUCUGUACACGCCCCCAGCCUGAUCAGCUGUCAGACCGGAGCAAGGAGUGUAGAACAUGUGUUCCACACCGCUCAGUUGGCACUGUUAUUUUAACUUCUGUCGAUGACGCAAAACUUAAAUCUUUACUGUCUCUGAAAAGCUCCUGCUAAUUACACUCUCACAGGAAUCUGCCACUUAAUGAGUUGACAUUUAGCAUCUCCUAACACCACGCCUAGAACUCAUCCGUCUUUUUAUACCAGAGAAAAAGCAAAGAUUCCUUUCACACUUUUGUUUAAAGUGCACCCUAUCGCAAUACCUGAAGCAUUAUGGGAAUUGUGUAGAAAACAUUGUAUGCUGUUUAAUUUAUGAGAAACCAAUAUUUACAUACAUAUGCGAAGCUGUAAUCCUAAAAACUAAUUUUGUAAAGCAUCUUGUCUGUGGGAUCGCGGUCUUAUAUUUACAUGCAUACCUGGGAAAUCACUCAGUCCUUGCUCAUCUUCGUACAGGAUGGGGGUGGAAAUAUUUAGUGGAACAAGAAGUAGCUUGAAUGAAUCCUGUGCAUAGGAUACUGUGAUAUGCAGCCAGCUUGUCUGGUUAUAAUUACGUCUACUAUUGUACAGCGCUAUGGAAUUUGCUGGUGCUUUAUAAACAAUAAAAUAAUACAGAAAGCAGAGGUUUUAAGUCUGCUCCUAGUUAUGCAUCACAUAUAAGGACUAGCUUCCUUCUGCUGCCUGCUUGGCUCUACCCCUGGAUGGCUGUGCUUAUUUAUUGCACUAUAUCUCUGCAAUGAGGAGCAUUCCUCAGCACCACUAUGCCCCAUCCCUACUCUGUUAAAAUGUCCCUAAUCCCAUUCCCUCCUGUUAAACAUUCCAAAUAUUGACCUUCCUGUUCCCUGCUGUGAUAAACCUUAACAGUGUUUGAGCUGCCAGGUCCUCUCACAGGCCCCACAGUGUGGCUCAUGCUUCUGGGUGGGAAACGUGUUGCCGAAGAUGCCAUUUGUACUUAACCCAUUCAAAGCCAAUGACGUCAAACCAAUCUGAACAUUACCAAGCUGUGCUACAUGUGGCAACGUUUGGACUGCAUAGAGCGGAUUAUGACAAGUGUGACAUUCUAUGUUUGCACAGGGUUUGCCCAAUCUGUGUUGGUAUCUAGAAUAUAACCUCAUUUAAAUAGGGCCCUCAACACCCUCUGUUUUUGUGCGUCCAGCUCGUUUUGUUGCACAUACAUGUACACCUAUUGUACAGCGCUAUGGAGUUUGUUUGAGCUGUAUUAAAAAAAAAAAAAAUCUGUAUAUUAAGAGAACCCCUUUACGCUACUGAGGUGGUGUGUAUGUGUGUGUAUAUGUGUGUAUGUGUGUAUAUAUAUAUAUAUAUAUAUAUAUAUAUAUAUAUAUAUAUAUAUAUAUAUAUAUAUAUAUAUAUAUAUAUAUAUAUAUAUAAUAUAUAUAUAUAAAAAUUUUGUGCUAUCACCCUAUGACUUGCACGUACUGUUGUGCAUCCCCCAAACUACUAAGAGACUGAAACGUAUUGGCCGUAGAUCAAGAUUUGGUAUCAAGCUGUGUGACUGUGUCAUAGGACAAGUAUUUCAACAAAUGUACAUAUUGUCUGUAAGGUGUGUUGUGUUGGUUUGAUUUCCCAUUGUACUCUGUAUUUGUUGAACCAUUAGGAAUCUAAAAUACCUUCAUGCUGCUAGUUAAUUUUGUUAGCUCAAUUGAAACCGUGUUAUUUAUUUUUGGGAAUAUAAAUUGAAGCAUUGUCCUCCGUUACCAAUUGUUUCUACCACCAAAUAAAGCAAAUGAUAUAUUGAGGACCGCAAAUAUAUCCAUUUGUACACAAAUAAUCUACAAACACAUUUAAGGUGUGUGUUUUUUUUAAGAACUGAUGGGCGAAAUUUAAAAUAAGUAACAUUUCUGAUUGGAAGCUUUUUUUUUUUUUUUAUUCUUUUCAGCAUGUCCACAUGAAGUACUGAUUUUUAAAAAAAAAAAAUUUAAGUCAUGGUAUUUUUUUUUGGUGUGUUUGCACCAUAACACUUUUAGAUAAGAGUGGUUAUUGUCAAGCUUAUGUUUAUUGAAAAAUGCAGCCACCUUGCAGAAUAAAAAAAAAAAAAAAAUGUUCAAGACUUGGUAAAUUAUGAUUCUGGCUCUUUGAAAUUCUUUACUGAUUAUAAACUGAUCCUUUAAAUCCAACAUUACCGGUCCUUCUAAUGCCGCUCAGCGGAACUGCUCAUUAAUCCUCUAUGAAAAAGCCUUGCAAAUGGUAAUGCAUGAGAAAUGGGACAAAUGACCACUUUGCACUUACACCGCCAAUAACAAAGGCUGUUGGUUAAAAUCUAUUUUAAUUAAACAUUCGGCCUCCUUUUCAAAGAAUUUGUUUAAUACAUCUAACCUCCGUAUUUGCAUGUCUUUUUUUUUUGUUGCAAUUCCUAGAAAUUUUUGUGUGCAUUUUUAAAUUUUUGCAUUUUAAAGGCAGGUAAUGGGUCAGGAUUUAAAGAGAUAAUUGGGUCACCGGGAGGGGAACGUGAAAAGGAUAUACAAAGUAUUCUUUUGAUAUGAGUAAAUGGGCAGGGCUAAUUGUGUAAAAUAAAACUUUUUAUUUAGUUGACGUAAAUGUGACAUAAGAUGCUGAAUUCCCUGGUUUUAUAUUAUUAACAGUUGCUUGGGUGGAAAGCUUUUGCUGGGUGGGAGACUUUGAAAUGCAGAGUGGAAUCCAAUUAAACUCUUAUCUUGUUUUUACAGAGCCUUCCCUGUUUGUAGAGUUAAUUGGAAAGCUGCCUUGAGGGUUAUAGGGCCUGCUAUUUUUUUUUUUCUUGUAGCUCCCUUUUGGUAAAUGGUGAGAGAUGCAUUGUUCGUCUGUAAGUAUGUUAAAAGGUGUAUGUGUUUUUUUUUUUUUUUUUUGUAGUUUUCAGGAACAGCUUAUUAAAGAUACUUGUUGAUACACCAUUGGACUCUCACCCAGUAUCAAUUCCUUACAUUUUUAAAAAAAAUAAUAAUUAAAAACUCACUUUUUGAGGAAGGCAUAUCCAUGAAUUUAACCGCUUUCUCUGCCCCCACCUUGGUAAUCCACCUUGCUUUUUCUCUUGCUACUGUAUCAUAUAAAGAAAAAAAGUCCUUUAGCAAGCUUAUUUUCCCAAACAUGAAUUGCAUCUUACGCUUGCCUCUUUCUCCCCACUCCCCUUAGAAUGUAAGCUCAUUCGAACAGGGGCCUCAACCUUUGGUACGUUAUCGGACGCCCUCAUGCUCUGCAUGAGGACCUCCAGCGUCAGGUUUUCCCCGUAAGAAAGCAUUGAAUAAUGCUUUCCUAUGGAGAUCUCCUAAUGCGAGUGCCAUUGCCGCACCUGUGCAUUAGGUCUCCCCCGCUGGCUGACGUCGGCAAGGGAGGAGCGUGGGCAGAGCCUGAGCCAGCACUUAGGGACAUCAGCGCUGGAUUCAGGUAAGGGGAUCAAGGUUUUUUUUUUUUUUUUUGGGAUAAAUCUAUUUUAAGAAUGCUUUAUAAACUUGACUUCUUACAACACUCUUUAAAACAAGUGUAUUGUAAAUAAUUUAUUGCUUGUGGAAUUUUUGUGUUGUCGCAAAGAACCCUGGUGGGGUUACACCUCUUGUUGGGUUUCAGUGGCCACGCAUUGGAAGGUAGGUAUACUUGCAUUUUCUUCGCAGCUGCUGCCAUGUUCUUCCGGCAGACCAUCUACAACUCCUGGCGCUUCAUCUGCCAGAAGCUGCGUCUGUGCUAAUCCUUGUGGAUGCAAUUCCACAACACUAAUGUCCAUCGAGUAUCCCACAAGACUGCCGGAGUCUCCAUAGAUCACUUUUAUAUAUACAGUACUCAGAAGUGAUAAAGCAGGUUUAUUUAUUUAAAUUUUAGAAUUAAUUUAUGAUUUAAAUAACAUUUUAAAAUGGCAGUGUAUUUUGUAGUUUUGUUUUUAUAAUUUUUUUUUUUUAUUUUUUUCUCUCCUUUCUACUGUAUAAGUUGGACUUAUUUCUUGAUACAUAAAUUGACUGGUUGCUCUGCAUUUGCACCUCUCCAUUAGUUGGUAUACUGUGGUAUGCUCAGGUUGUUGGAAAAUAACUUUAGCCUGCUGCUUUUUUUUUUUUUUUUUUCUUAAUCCUAAAAUAAAAGCACUGCAAUUUGUAAAUAGUCAUGAUGUUUUGGGUUGCUUCCACUCCGUGAGGUGUGACCGGUUUUAAAAAUCUAAAGAAGGAUGUAGCUUUAUGUCUUAGGAGAAGCCUGAGUGGCAAAGUCAAUAGUUAACCAAAGUCGUUGUAAACUUCAUCGAAAAGAGGCUUUCCUAAAGUCAUGUAAACAAUAAAAUACAUUUUUAUAAUACUUUUUUUUUUUAAAUAAAAGUGUAUUUGUGGGCUGCACGUUUGCAUAAAAAUACAUUUUGCAAAAGUUAGACUGAAGCCUGUGGGGCUUUAAUCAAUAUCAAUAUGUAUUAAUCUGUCUAAUUAUAGACACCCAUAUCUGUAACCCUAUCCAGGAUAAUUUGCUACAUCUCUGCAUAAGAGCUCUUUAUAUUGAACUGUUAAAUGCUACUCUCCAUCCAUACUGCAAACACAGUCUUGGUACUUACAAGUGGAUGUUGUCAAGUUCUAUGUAUCCCAUAACAGUCAACACCCACACGAACGCUGAACAUCACUGUGCAUCCAGGAAGCACCUGUAGUGGCCGUCUGAGUGACUGACACUAGAGGUGUUACUGGGGAGUAAUGUAAACCUCUUUUCUCUCAAUGUAGUGUUUACAUUAAAAAGUCUGCAGGGGCAGGCUCAGAAAACCUUCAAUAAGCGGUAGUUGUAAUGGUGACUACAGUGUCUCUUUUAACCUUAAAAGGGAAAUUUAGCGUCUUUGUAAUUUCUUUAAAAAAAAUACAGUGACAUAAUUAAGCAUGUUUGGAACAACUUAGUUUAUAUAGAAAUCCUAAGCACAAUAGCUAAAAGUAGCCUUUUAGUUCAUCCUGAUUUGACAGCACAAUUGUUCAGGCAGUUGUAAAGUUGUGUCCUCUGUCUCCCUGCCAGAAUUGGUUAACAAUGGAUGGAUAGCCAUUACUAGAUCAUGCAGGAAGUAAUAAUACCUUGUUGUGAUUGAGGAUUGAGUUUCUUUUGGGAACAAAUGUAGCCAACGGAUGUCCACAACUCAGUGUGUAAUAUGCAGAAGUUUCAUCUUCUACAGGACAUAUGUUGGGGCUUCUCCAUAAAUGUUGCCUUGUAUUUCUUGAGCUGAUCUGAUGGGAUCUGCGUAUUAGCAGCAUCCUUCUCUCCUGGGAUAGGAAGGAAACCUUAUUGUGAUGAAUGUUCCUUCAUUUAUGACAGCACAGCGCUCUCAACCCAAACACAUAUUGUUCUUGGCAAAGAUUUGUGCAGGGUAUCUUCCUGUUGCAAAUCUCAUUUAAAUAAUGACCUUUUUUAUGAGAAACUCCUGUUUGGUGUGUGUUUGUGUCUCUGGUACCAGUAAUUACAAUCUAUGGCUUUCCUAGCAUAUCCUAGUGUAAAGUUCAGUGUCUACAUGCAGCACUGCCACAGGAUGCGCCUCUAGUAGCCAUCUGAGUGGUGGCCAGUGGAGGAGUCCCUAGGGAGCACUCAAGGGAAUGAUUAUGCUCACUAGAACAAAUACAAUAAGCCGUAGUUGUUGUGGUGACUAUAUAAAGUGAUUCGGAAACAUAUGCACAUGUAUUGCAUCUGUAUAUCUUCGAAGUAGAAAGGCAGCGCUAUGCUAGUGACAAAACCUAUGUAGUAUUGUAUUAAUCUUAAUCUAGUUGUGUUUGUUUAAAAUAUAGCAGAUAAAAAAAAAAAGAAAUAAGUGUUUUUUUUUUGUUUUGUUUUUUGUUUUUUUUUUAAAUGGAUUACAAUAAACCAAAAGUGUUCUCAUUAAAUAGUUUUUGUUAGAUUAACUCUUGCUUUACUGGUAUGCACUGCUAAAACUUACACCCGUUUCAACGCGGAGGCCAACCUCCGCCCAAUCCUCAUCUGCUGACACCAUCCCCCUUUUAAAUGAGUCCCAUUUGCCGCCUCACAAAGUCAGGCUCUUCUCGUUGCGUUCUUCACAACAUUUAAUGUAUGAGGCUCUAGCACUCGUAAUUCUGCACAGAUAUUUUCCUUGAGUUGCUCAGAUGUUCAAGGUUUGUUCACUUACACCUGCACCUUCAGAUAUCCCCACAGGAAGUAAUUGUGAGCGGAAAGGUCUGAUGAAUAUGGUGGACAAAUCUGCCAAUUUCUUGAAAUUAUCCAUUAAUUACAGUUUUACUUGUUGUUCCUGCAUGAACCUCUAGAAUGUAAGCUCAUUGAGCAGGGCCCUCCACUUGUCUUAUUACAAUUACAUAUCUGUUGGUCCACCCAUUGUACAGCCCUAUGGAAUCUGAUGGCGCUAUAUAAAAAAAAUAAAAAUGAAAUUACCCAAUCUGUUAUCAUGUGUACCUGAAGGAAAAAAUGUAACUGCUAACAAAUACAUUAUUUACCUGUCAAAACCUACUCUGAAUUUUGGCCAUCCUGUAUUAGCUUUUUUAAAGACCCUGUUUUAAAGACCCAAGAUGUGCAUUUUCUGCAAGGAUCAGAAACUGAUCUCCCAUCCAGUCAUGGUCCUCCCAUUAUUUGUAGUGGGUCUGCUUUGGAUAUCCUAUGCCAUGGUUUAUAGGGUUUGGCUGUUAGGAGAGCUUUGUAUAUCCUUUUAAUCCUCUUAAUGUCAGAGGAGUAGGCGAACUACUGCAAUUAUGUAAAUUUCUAUUUUAUUGCAGAAAUUCAUCAAGCAUUGCUUGGAUGCUAGAUCAAAUUCAUUCUUUUUUGCCUUAGAUGUCCACAGUGACCCAUUUUUUAAAGUUUCUGUGGUGUAAUGAUAUUGUCAUGUUUCACUAGUUUGUGUGAAUUUUCCAAUGCUGAAUUUACUCCUGGAGUCUAAAUUUUAGGGUUAUGUAUGUAUAUGCAUUUACUUCCACUGUGUAACUGCUAAUAUGGUAAUGUCUCCUAUGUACACAACUUGUACUGCUGCUCGAACCACCUGAAUGUGUCUCCUGUUCAGAUGUAAAAACGAAAAAAAUUGGCAUUUAAUGCACGGCUUGCAUUCCACCAUAUAAGACUGAAUAUUUUAUUAGUUUCUGUGUGGGAAGUGGGCUUACUGCCAGCUAAUGGGAUGCAGUCAUGACUUCUGCUGAAUCAUCUGAGCAGACUUUGUGGGAUAAAUUCCUUAUCUUGCCCACAAAGCACAUUGUAUCGCUCUUCCCAACUUCCUCUUAAUCUCAUGAUAUUUCUUCUCCGCUUUUGACGUUGGCUAAUAGUUUGUAACAUUUCUCUAUUGCCUAAUAGAGUAGAAGGGGCACAGACCAAGCUUGUUGGUCUCUCCUACCUCAACCACCUUUCAAGUGAAUUCUUCUUGUUAUGGUUUCUACUAAAAAGAAUGUUCCUUUUUGUAUUAAAUAUGUUUAUUAUUACAACAGCAUUGCAGGUAUCAAACAGUUUUCUGUUAAUGCGAACAAUCACCUACGCAGAGGUUUGCAGGUCUGAACAAUUGUAUACAUGCAGAUAUUUGCCUGCGCAGAGGCGUGUUUAACGGUUUGUGUACAUAAAAGCAGAUGGUCGUCUACUUUAAGGCAUGCCUUUCAGAUCAUCUAGGUUUGUCACAUUUAGUUUCUGUAUUUCCGUGUGUGUCAGCAUAUCUUAAUAGCUAUAUGAUGACUUUAGGAAGUUGAUAGUGAUUUUCGUUAACCUAUGGCCUAAUGAGGCAAUGUGGCCGAAAAGUAGUCGUUCUACCACUGAGUGUUAACCCGUAGAUACAGUUGUUUUAGUGUGGGUAAUGGUAUGCCUUUCUCAGCAACUAAUCGUCUAUUGUGUGUGUGUGUGCAUGCCGCAAUAGUUAAAGCCUCGUGUUCGUAUAAUACGUUAGGUAGAGGAGGCCUAAUCAUAACGUUAUAAACCGUAAAUACUAUGCUCCUCAUCCGGGUAUCUAUUUUGUGUGUAUGCCACCUAGGUCUGAGCUAUUUGCCUAUGUGUGAUGUUAGGUAAGGGAGGCAUAUGCAAGACUUAUUUAUGUUGGGUAUGAAUGAUAGAGAUAGCGCAAUGAUCAGACAUUCAAACAUUAAGGAAGGGGUACAUUUGUUUGCCUCUCGUCGCCUACGCAGAGGCUGGUUGGUCGUUGCAUGUAUGGUACAGCGUAUAUAUGCAUAUGUAUUUGCUCGUAUUGUAUAGCUAUGCGGCUAGUAGUGUGUCUUUAUUGCAUUUGCACAGGCGUAUGUGGUUUUGAGUGUUCCUGCUUUGGGCAUAUUAAUUGUCUGUGCCUGCGGGUUCCGUGACUUUUUGUUGAUGUGUUGCGUUGUGUCUAAACCCGGGGUGCCUUAGCGGCUCGUUUAUUGUAUCCUGCUUCUCUGCUAAUGGCAUUCGGUCAGUUAGCUUCCUAUUUGUGUCCCCUCUAUUGGGCUUUUAUCUGAUGUUUAAGUCCUAUCGUGCUCUGGUACGUGUGCCUGCUAACUACCCUUGCGUCUCUGUAUCCGUUGCCUUGUGUAUCUUGGUGUUUCAUGGUCGUGCGUAUCCAUUUCUGUUCGGUAGUUAUCCUUGUACUCGGCGUGACUAUUCAGUUUAGUGAGCUAGGGUGCGCCGGCGUAUAUUGUAGGGGGCUUCGAUGGUUUGUGUGUUCUAAGUGUUGGGUAUCCCUCGGUCCUAUUGCGUUGCUGCCUGCCUGGAUGUCUGGUUUUCAGUGUGUGUGUGUGUGUGUCUCGAUUUUGUUUAGAAUAUGUUUAUUGGUUUUGCAGUAUAUGAUCUAUGGUGUAUGUAUUUGUGGUUUAGCAGAUAGGUGUCUGUGCAGGGGCGUAGUCAGCUGUACAUGUGGGGGGGGAUCAUGUUGUUGCCUUCAUAGAGGUAUUUGGGGGUAUUGACUUGUUUUGUAGUCUUUAGUUACGUGUGUUGUUGUGUACCCAUUAUCGCACUUACUGUGAUAGCUUUGGUUUUGUUGUCUUGUGUGUCAAGGAGUUGGGUGUGGUGUUAGUUCUAGGUUGUGGUCCUGCGUGGUGGUGUUUGGCGUCCGUUAGUGUAAUAGCUAUAUGGCUAGUUGUCUUUAUUUGUGGUUGUAGCCCCAUAGGUGGCUAUGUGUGUGGCUCGCGAGUGUCGUGUCUGUAGGCGGUAUAUUCGUCUCAGGUGUCAUCAGUUGUCAUUGUGUCGUGGUGCUGACUGGGUGUGGGUCAGGGUGGGGUGGGUCGGGGGAAUGUUCCUUUUUUUUUUUUUAAUGUACAAUUUUUAUUUACGGUUUUAUAUUUUACACCGAAAAAUAGAUAUACUGUAUAAUACAGCAUUGCAAGAGUAGAUGAGAUCAAGAUACAUGGGCUGUGUUGGCAUAGACCAUCAACAUUAGGCAAUAAGGUCUUUAUCCUCAACAUAUUAGGAGAUAUCAGGCAGCCGAAUAAAGUAUGCAGCAUGUACCAUUGAUGUCGGGGAAGACAAUACGGUGUGUCAACUUUUGUACACACAUCGCUUAGACCAAUUAUGCCUCUUACUCAUCAGUAAACCUUGGUGGGGGGAGGGGGUGUGGAAACCUAGCAGCUUGGGAAGAAGAGAUAGGGAGGGGGGAGAAAAGGGCCGGGGCGAAGGGUGGAAGAUGUUAGCGGUCAAAGAGGCGCGAUGUAAUGUAACCCACCCACUUGUCUCGCCAAUGGGCUUGAAGUUAGAUCCAUCUCAGUCGUUCCGCACUAUUGCAGUCACCAAAGUGCUUGUGUAGACCUCCCUCCAAUAAGGGAUUAGUUUCCUACAAGACUGCCAAAUGUGGAGAUCAGAGCCGACCUCCUCCUUGCCUCUCCAACAGGUUUGAGACCUCAGGGAGCAUACAAUGUAUUCACCCCGUCAAUAAUUUGUAGUUGAGCUCUUGUUUGGAGCACAUGGAGCUCUAGUUUGUCAAAACGUGGAUUUCCAUCCACUGAGCAUUCGAGAGCAUGACCACGGUGGCUUUUCCCAUCAUGUGUUUAUGUUUCAGAGGUUCGGGAAGGUCGGAUGAUGGAAGCAGUGUGUAUAUCACCAAGAUUACCUUAUAGAGGUGUGCUGGCGCCCUGCACAGUUACUCUAACUCCAUUAGCUUCCUGUGGAAUAGGUGUCGCCCAUAUUGGAAAGAUUUAACUUGGAAGUAGUGAAAUCUGUCUAGACCCAUUGGAGUCCUGUUUGGCAGUAAAUCCGGGAGUGGCCUUAGUGUCUCAGAUGUGCACCACUGGUGCAUGUAUGUCCAGUCCGACUCACCGAAGGCCUUUGUCUCUAGGUGUAAGGCAGCCAGCGAUCUCUGAGUUAUAUAUGAGCGGGGUUAAUUGGCCUGCUGUUGUGUAUAGCGUAAGCCUCGUCCUAACCGAAUUCCAGACCCGCACGGUCACCCCUAUGAACAGGAGGGUCUGUAACUGUGCACCCCUCAGUGGGCCAUGCAACACACUGCAGCUGGAUGCAUCUCCUCCACCUGAGUCCUCUCCAAUUGAAUCCAGACUUUGAUACCUUACUGUUUUUUUUCUAAUUUGCAAUGCUUCCACUGUUGCCUCGAGCAUGUUUUUGCAUCGUCACUCUCUUCUAAGUAAAUACAAAAUGUCUCUUUGUCCAGUCUAAACUAGCAAGCAACAAACAGAAUGUUGAGAUUGUUGCUCAACUUAGAUGAUUUAGUAUGGUUACAUUUUUUUAAUUUAUUUUUUUGGUCCCUCUUCCUUUAUUUCUUCUGGUACAGAUUAUGAGCAUUCACUGAAAUAAAAUCCCCCAAAUUUAAAAAGGUGACCUAAACAGAGGUAACAGGGUGUGAUGAUAAUCUCCAUCCCUCCUAUAGACUGUAAGCUCGUUUGAGCAGGGUCCUCUUCAACCUAUCAUUUCUGUAAGUUUUCUUGUAAUUGUCCUAUUUAUAGUUAAAUCCCCCCUCUCAUAAUACUGUAAAGUGCUACGGAAUAUUUUGGCGCUAUAAAAAUGGCAAUAAUAUUAGGUUCACAAUCCUUUUUUGUCGUAACAUGUGACUUAAAGGGACACUAUAGCCCCCCCCCCCAACUACUUCAUCUCAUUGUCCCUGUCCCCUUAAACCUGCAAAGUAAAACAUUGCAGUUUUAGAGAAACUUCAAUUUUUACAUUGCAGGGUUAACAUUGUCUCUAGUGGCUGUCUCUCAUACAGCCACUAGAGGCUCUUUCUGCAGUUUCACGGAGCUCAACUCCAUGUAAUGACACUGGUUGUCCAACAGAUUGCAAAUCCCCAUAGAAAACACAUUGUGUCUGUGCUUUCCUAUGGGGAAGGCCUAAUGCGUGUGCGGCGCUGCCCUGUUCCUCCUCAUGCUGACAUCCAUAGCAUAGCAGCCAAUAUGGGUAUAGUUUUGUUUCUCCUUGUCUCAAAAAUUAUAUGUAAACUUUACAUAUGUUUUUCCAGGUGGAUGAGCUAUUGGUCUAUAUUGUUGGUUCAUUUUAAGAAUGUGUGUGUGGUUUAAAAAAAAUAGUUUGACUAAUCUUCUUCUUAACCACUCAAUCUGAUGGCAAAGCCAGACAUUACAAACCUGUUUGUGUUAAGAAUUUUUUUUUUUUUUUAAUAUAUGAGGUCAUUGAGUUAUCUGUCCAUAACUGAUGUGUUGCACACCACAUAACCCUUGUCUGUGUCACUUUGUCAAAUAUUGUUUGAACAAAAGGAUUCUGGGUGUGGGCAUUAAAGUCAAAUGGAUCCCUCAUAUCUAAGGGGAUUAUUGAAUAUAGAGUGGAGCAGCUGUUCUGACAGUUUUUCAUAGAUUCUUGGCCAACGCAGACAAUAGUAAAUAUAAUCUAUAUGUAGUGAUGACUGCCUAUUUGUCUAAAUUCUGAUUUAUAGAAUGAGAGAAUUUCGAGAAAUAUCUAGCAUUAACAAAGGAAAUGGAUUCAUAGGACAUUGAUGGUUCAUUCUGUCUCAAGUAUUUUAAAUUCUUUACAUAUCUUUGCAGUCUGUACACUUUUUUUUUUUUUUUUUAAACACCGCGUAGCCAUUGCCUUUUUUUUUUUUUAACAAAUAACAUAAGUGGUGGCUUUAGAGUGUAGCAAAAAAAUGGCAGCUAUUUCCCCUUUAAAAUUAAGUAUACUUCCCUCCUCUCCAACUAGCCUGAAAUAUUGAUUCAAUUAAAGACCUGUAGCUUAAUGUUGUGGCCCCACUCUGACCUCCUCCUACCUACUUCUGUUGCCAGAUAGGAGCCCUAAUGCAUUUGGGGGAGGGGGCUUUAACCCCUUUACUGGAACUGCCAAGUUUUAUUAUGUGUUUUUUGUUUCAAUCACUUUGGUAUCUUAAUGCCAGAGCAUCUAACAACCUGUUGCCAUGUUAAAGUCCUCCUGUAGUAAUUCUGAUUCGAGAAUAUACAUGGUUAUGUAUAGUGGCAUGUUAUUUGCCAUGGAACCUAAAAUUAAGAUGCCCUCAAUCCAUUCUGCAAAAUAUACAAGAGUUCCAAAAACAAAUUAAAAUAAAAAAUAAGCUCUUGCGUCUUAACCAUCUGCACAGUUGAAACGAGAUAUAAUGGCCUUAUUGCAUAGGUCUGGGGAGGAGGAUGAAAUCCGAAAAUGGAAAGGACUGGAAUAUAGUCAGACAUUGAUUAUUAUAUUUUAGUGUUAAUUUUAUAUAUACACUAUAUAGUUUUUGAGUGUCCUGUUAUGCAUGAGAUGCAAUCACAGCCAUUUAGACACUUGGCUGACUGAUUUUUCUUUACCCUGUGCCUUUAAAACAUUUUUGCCCUGGGCCAGAGCAACACUCUAUAUAAGCUUGAAGGAUCACUCACACUAUUCAGUUACACUAGUCUGCUAUGCUGUGCAGCAGGAUUUGGAGGCUCGAAUGCAUUUUAUACAUUUUUUGGUUUUUUUUUUGCCAAACAAAAGAUCAAAGAUUUGUGACGCAAACACAUAAAUAUUAGAAACGUGAAAAAAAAAUUUUUUUUUCAGCUCUGUAUGUAAGAGCAUCAUUUAAACUUUCGUUGUAUUUUAACUUUUCACAAUCUCCACGCAUCUGUAUCAGUUAAACAGCUUUUGAUAUUUUCGACAGUACAGGCAUCAGGGAUUUAGAGCUGUAUAUUUCACUGUGUGCUGUCAUAUUGGAGGUCCUGUAAAUGAAACCAGGAUAUCGAUGAUUAAUAAGGGGAUUAUUCCUUCUGUACUUUCAUCAGGAUUUAGAGUUUCUAUGGUGACAGACUAUAUAGACAAAUUUAAAGAAAUGUUUACAACGUGUGUGUGUGUGUGUGUGUAUAUUGAAUAAACCUUAUUCCCAAAGACCAUUAUGAAUUGUUUUGUAGCAUGUUGAUCUAGUUAGUCACUAUAGGGGCAUCUUGUGUUUUUAAAGUGCCAGAUGUCCUCAAUGCAGAUGUGGUGUACUUGAUGGCUACAUAUACACUUAUUCACAUUUACUUUGAAAAAAUAAAGAAUUCAUGUGAUCCCUAAAGUAGGGAUUGUCUGAUUGGUUAGUAAGUGUUACAUUGUAAUGGGAGACUGCCUAAUUGAGAUCAGACGAAAUUCAUUAGCCCAGGGGUUCCCAAUUAAUUUUUCCCAUGGAAUCCUUUUAACAUCGUAUAUACCAACAUCAUGGAACACCCUUUAAAAAAAAAAAAAAAAAAAUUAGCGUAGCACAAACCUUUUAAUAAGUGGCCUUUUUAUUCUCAAUUUCAUAUAUUGUUUUGUUAAAAGGCAAUGUUUGUACUCUAACGUGGUUUUGCUCAAAAUGGCUGGCGUAAUUUAGCAGGUGCUAAAUUCAACUGUUUGGCAAUAUUUUUCUUGCAAACUAAGCAUUGUGCUUGAGGUAUAAUUUAUUUCUGGCACUUGUGAAUCAAAUUUUUAAGUAGCUGUCCUCAUAUUUUGUUUUUCUUUGUUUGAGAAGAAGAUUGGGUAGCAUUAUUGUGUUUUUUUUUUGUUUUUUUGUUUUUUUGACUUGUCUCGACUAUUUGAGGAACAGUAGAUUCAACUGCCAGGACCUGGUUUCUUGAUUUCUUGUUUUCUCGGUUUCUAAAAUUGUCGAACAAUUCGGAAAGUAGUAGUAAUUCUUCUCUUGAUAGUAGUUUCUUGUUUUUAACUAGUUGUCCAAAUUCAUGGUGGUUGGUUGGUUGGAAAAAAAUAACACUUCUCUAACCUGAAAAAAAAUAAGAUCUCACUACCUGACUACAAUGAUGGUUUUUUUGGUUUUUUUAUUUUAUUAUAUAAUGCUUUUUAGAAAGAAAUGGACAUAAGCAGGAUUUGUGCUCAAUCUUGGAGUAAAGAGAGAACACUUUACUACAGAUUUCACCAAAAGGACAUUGUUUUGUUAACAGCAUUUAGAAUUAACAUUUUUGGUAUAUAACAGAUUUCUACUGAUAGUGCAUGAAAUAAAUGUGUGUGUGUGUGUGUGUGUAAAAAUAAAUUUAAAAAUUAUUUUUAAAAUUGCUAAAUUUAUGUGGAUACUCUUGCAAUUUUUUGGUAAUUAUCUGAAAUUGCAGCUACUCCCAUGAACACUAUGGCACUACCAGAAGCAAGCCUCACUUCAACCAAAAGAUCAAACCCCCUGCUUUUGUGAGAGAACAGAAGGGAACUACAUGGAGCAUUUAUCAAAAUAAAUUGGAUUUUGCACUUGGAUUAAUAUGCCAAGUCAGUGUAAGGCAGUUUAACACUAGGAGAGAGCAAAAUGGGAGAAUACUGAAGGAGAGAGGGUAAAAUAUUCAGGGAGGAAGAGGGAGUAAGCGAAUCCUGGGAGGAGCGGAAUGAGGAAUAGUGGGCUGGGAGGAAUUUUUACCUUAAAUGAAGAUGGAGGCUGAGGCUGACCGGGGACAGGCAUGCGUAAAGUGUGUGAUCUCUGCUGUUUCCAACCUGCAGGGGAGUGCGGCUACCAUCUUGGAUGGGGCACCACACGACGGGAACCCUAGGGUUCCUGGAACCAAUUGGGAAGGUAGACAAUGGCCUGAUGAUUUUUAGGGAGAUGUGUAUUGUUCUGCCAAAAAAGCCAGACAUAUUGUGAGUUAUUCCAAUAAAUACCAUCUAUGUAUGCUUUACUAUAACAAGGGGAGAAAAAAAAGUCAGAAGCAUACAUGUACAAUUGCAUCAUCAAAUAUUUUAUGUCAUAGCAAAUUCUUUGUGUCUUUUUAAAUAUAAGUAAUUUUUUUUCUUCAGCGUGUACUUUUUAGAAUGCUCUGAACUCUUCAAUGCACAUCUCUGUAUUAGGCACAUUUGUAUUCAUGUGAUGGCUUGAAUUUGACUUUUCAGCAAUGGAUAAGAGUACCUGACUGUUUCUUCCUGACUUUUUCGCUUUUUUUCUUUUUUUUCUUCUUUUCUCAGAAAGGCACAUUGUAAUUUUAAGCACAAUGUGAUAAGUUAGGAUUUACUAUGGUUUUUAGUAGUUACAUUGGUCCUAAUACUUUGAAGUAGUGGAGUCAUGGGCGAUUCCUGGAAGUAGUGCAUGGGGGGUGGGGGGACUCCAAUGACUUAAUAAUUCCAGUAAUCUUGGUGUGAUUAUGUGUUCUUUUACCCUCAGUAGGGCUAGUAAUUCUUUUUUUUUUACUGGCAAUUUCUAAAACUAGUAUUUUUAAGAUUAAAUUUUUGAAAAUUAACAGUUCAUAUAACAGUAACAUUACAAUAACAUUUAAACUCCCUAAUGUUUAAAAUGAUUUAAAUAUAACUUAAAGAACUUUUAUGUACCUGAUAAUUUUUUUCCCCCCCUUUCAUCUGCCUCUUAAGGGUUGUCUCUUAAUUUGGUUGUAAAAUCAGUUCUCCACUACUUGUGAUGUAGCUUCCGGUACUUACUGAACCUAUCAAAAAAAUGCCUGUUACAACAUAUAUUCUUUUGAUUAACAAACUGCAUGAAUGCCCAUACAAAGAUUAAAGGUGUGUUUUUUUUUUUGUUUUUUAAAUUUUAUUAUAACGUGCGGUAUUUCCAAUUUCCUGCUAAUAUCCGGGUCAUAUUCUCAGUUAAUCUUUUUAGCGUUUUUAGCCAAUUGUAGAAGUAGUAGGCCCCCAGUGUAGAAUCUCUUUUCCUUUCCAUGUAUUUCUAGAGCUGCAAGGACAAAUCCUAAAAUCGAUAAUAAUCAAUUAUGAGAAUGGAGCGUCAACAAAUCUCAUUAUUGAUAUCUUGACUACCCGGGGCUUGUUUUACGCAUUCCGUGGAAAAAAUAUAUUUUUCUUAGAAUUGUACAAGAAAAACCCCCAAAAAGGCAAAACACUUUGAGCAGUUUAUUUUUAUUUUAAUCUUUAUUUUUAUAAGCGUGUGUGUGUGUGUGUGUGUGUGAUAUCAGCGGCAGUUUACAUGGUAAUGGUGCUGGAACAUUUAAUACAUUUUCUAGUGUGACAUGGAGUUUGCUUUUGGUAAAAUCAUUUACAAUCCUGUUGCACAGAAUUGACAUUAGAACUGACCAGAAUCACAUGUACGAUUGGUGUAACUAUAGAGCCCUGGUAAAAAUGCAGAUUACUCUGUAUAGCAGAAGUACAGCACAUACAGACUUCUUACACACCAUGACCACUUUUUAAAAACCAUGUAAUCCAUUAAGAUGGACUUUUGACAGUUGCAGAUUGGAGAAGACUGACUCCUACAUGUGUGUUACUUUUCAGAGCGGUUGUAAGUUUUCUUUUUAGGUUUGGCACACCAGGUUGUUGUGGAUUAGAUUACCAGUGCAACCCAGAAUAAUAGUCCCUCAUGUGCAUUGUGACAUCGCUAUAUGAGAGCGGUAGGUAACCGUCCUGGCUCUCCUAUCCAGAGGGCGGGAUCGUUGCUUGAAACCGCAAAUCUGUCUUCUAACAACUAAAGUUCUCAGGGCCACUAAGAGGGAAGGGGGUUACUGUAGGCAUUGUAACAACUUCAAUUGUAUGAAGUUAUAGUGAGUACAGUGUUGUUCAGCUUUAAUUCCUUUAUAUUUACCAAAAUUUAAUAUUUCGCGAGAAAUAUAAUCUCUAUACAUAUAUAUUGUAUAAGAGCAGUCUAGAUAUUUGUAAUUUUUAUUUAAAAACAAACAAACAACAUUUUUAGGGUCAUUGACAAAUGCCACAUUUACCCAAUGGAUAAUCUGGCACUGUGUAAGGCACGUGAAAAUGCAGAAAUGUCUUUUACGUUGAAGGUAUGAUCUGCGAUGGUAAGCUUUGUUUUAUUUGUAUGCAGUGACCAACAAAAGAUAGAUUAAAAAUAGAAAAGACAACAUCCAUCUCGAUGUGUGAUCAUAUGCGACUCUAAAAUCAGCUGUAAUGUCCGCGCAGUAAAUGUAAGGAGAUUGUGUUGAAGACCACCAGUUCUAAAAAGGUUUUUACUUUAGUAUUUUAAAGAGAAGUUCUUCCCCUAGUGUGUCACGAUCCAUGCAAUGAAACCCAGCCAAUUUAUAACAGGAGCUAGAUUCUGUUCAUUAUUACAGUAUGCUUAGAUUAACUCUCAGCUCAAGUUAGCCAUGCACCAGUGCAACAUGAUCUUUCCGUUCUUAAAUCAUUUUGUCUUUGAAAUUGUGAAGAGAGCCUGACUAAUAUUGAGAACAUUUUCAUAGGUGCUUGGUAGCGAGUAAGUGCUUAACCCUUUAGUGGGAAGCAUUAUUAUAAAUGUCAUGCAGAUGAUUUGUUGGACUGUGUACAGUCUGACAUCCACUGGGAUGCCUUCAUUUUAUCCCCUCUCUGUUGAACUGUCCACAACCCUGUACAUACAGUCGUCCAUUCUAAAGGCCAGAAUUAAUUUAUUUUUUACAGUGUUGGUUAAUGUUACUAGAACACCCUUCAGCUGAGAAGUUGUUAUAGGAUACACUCCAUGCAUUCCCCAAUAAACAUAAAUGAAGCUAUGAUAAGGUGAUUGGUGUGGCUUAUAUUACCUUGAGUGUAAAAAAAUAAAUAAAAAAAAUAGUUAUUUGGAAGGGUGUGAAAUACAUGCAGGAAUUGCUUGUUGCGGCGUUUGUGUAUAAAACAUACACUAACCGUGUGUGUGUGUGUGUGUGUGUGUGUGUGUAUUUAUUAACUUGAGUUAGUAUCAUUCUUGUGAAUAAGCGUGAUUAAUAACCAUCACACCCACCCCUUGACAUCUGCAUCCCAAGAAGCCCGGGUUUGGUGCUUCCCAAAUGAGGUGGUAUAGUCCCUGGAAACGAGGUCUGCAAAAAUUGGAAGGUCAGAUUGGGGUACACAAAGCUUUCUGCCUUUCUCAUGAUAUGAUAUGAAUUAAAUUGCUAUGAAUUUUUAGGCACUGUUCCCUAAAGUGGAACACCAGGUGACAAUGGGACAGGACCCUAAAAUUGUGACUUCUUCACCAAAAUCAGAAAUGUUGGGAGGUACUGUAUUAAUUUUUACAAUAACAACGGUGUGUGAAAUUUUUUUUUUUUUUUUCUUCUCUACAAGUCAAUUGCUUUAUUAUUGUGUGAAAUUCACAUACUGCGGUAGAGGGAAAUGGAUUUUUAGCACUGGAAGUAUGAGGGAUCCUUCAAAGGAACUCUGAUUGUUUCAAAGAGGAAAGGGACUGGAUACUGAGGAGGUGAGCAAGUAGAAAAUGAAGUAUAUAUAGGAACAAAUAAUUUGUUAGUCAAACCCAAAUAAUAUGCGACAAGGGGGAUGUCAGAAAAAGGUUGAGAAUGGGAAAUUCUUUUUUACUCAAGAAGUAGAUUUACUGUGGAAUUUGCUUCCAGGAAUUCCCCUGUUAACCUAUUCAAUGUGGUUAUAGUAUUUGUUCUACUUUAUCACAUGUUGUUUAGUUUUGCUUUUCUACUAUUUAAAAACAAAAAAACAUAUUUUGCAUUUCACUGGUAUUAUUAUGGUUCCCAGUGUGUUCUUUUUACUUGGAAAAAUGUUUUCCAAAACAUUAUCCUUUUCCCCGUUUUAGGGAUCCUAUAGGGCCAGGAAAACAAAACCCGCUUUUCUUGGCACUAUAGGGGUUAUAAUAAAUCAUGUCUCCCCCAAGCGGUGCUUAUGGCAUUAAAAUCCCUUCAGCCACUUACCUGAAUCCAGCGCCAAUGUCCCUCGGUGUUGGGUCAGGCUCUGCCGACAUCAGCGGGGGAGGUCUAAUGCGUGUGCGUGGCAAAGGCUGCGUGCGCAUUAGACCUCCCCAUAGGAAAGCAUUAUUCAGUGCAUUCCUAUGGGGAAAAAUGUGACGCUGGAGUACUCAUGCAGAGUGUAAGGGCUUCAGAUAACGGACCAAAAGUCUGUUUGGAUUCCAGAAGCGCCCCCAGCGGCGGUCUGGUAGACAGCCACUGAGGGCAGAUUUAGAGCUGCAAUGUAAACAUUGCAGUUCUAUGGAACGAAGUGCAAAAGGGUCACAGCAUCCAGACCACUUCAAUGAGCUGAAGUGGUCUGGGUGCCUACAGUGUCCCUUUAAACUAGUGUGGUUCUCACCUAAAGUUUAUGCAUGAUGUAAGUGCUGUUCUAAUUCAUAAUACUUAGAUGCCCACAGCAAUGAUGAUUGUGGUUUUAGUAGUAGGAUCAUUCAAAGAGGUACUUUGAGAGAGGGAAAUGUGUGAGUAUGCAUGUGGAUAUAGAGGAUAGUAUUCUAGGCAUUAAUACACCAUCCUCUAACUGGAGGUCCACCUAGGCUGCUGCACCUCGCAUUUUAAGAGCAUUGAAUACCAGUCCACCAUUUGAUGUCCUCCAUCCAAGUCUAACUUUCUAAGGCCCAGUAUCCUGUUGAAAAGCUGCUAUCUCUGAUUUAAUGCUAGGGAGAGGAAUGACCUGGUCAAUUGUAAGAUCGCCGCUACAGUUUCUUUCUACAAAUGUCAGCAUACCAGACUACUCUGACAAGGCCGAAGUCUGCAGAUGCCACAGUACAGACACAGCUAUCGUUGGUGAGCAGGGCAGCUCACAGAUGUAUAUGGGUAAAUCAAUCUGUAAUCCAGGUAUCAUCAGGGCAUACCAUUUUUUUAUUUUUAUUUUUGAAACUUUUUCAGAGCAUCCUGCUUUUAAUGAAGUCUAAAGUAUUUCAUAAAAUCACAUACAAUUUAAACUUAUUUGAGUGAUACUAAAAGAAAAAUAAAGUGUUAUGUGCUAUUUUAAUAAAUGUAAAUUUUUUUUUUUUUAAUUUUUUUUUAUAUUUUGCAUCUUUUUUUUACUUUUUUUUUAAAUUGUGGUUUUUGUUUUUAAACUGGUGCAGAAGUAGCAGGUGAUUUAUAAGAGUCCCUGAAAUGGAAGUGGCAUAAUGAGAUGAAAUCAUGGCCUGCUUUUUAUUGAAUGCAUACUUGUUUUUAAUUUAACUAUUCUCUCUUUCCAACCUAAGCUCUGUGUAUGUGGACUAUGAAGUCUCUUGACAUGACCCCAGUUAUGUCACGUGCCGGGCACAUCACACCAUUUGUCUUUGUGUCAAUGGCAAUAAUAGGAUUUCACAGAGGGUCCCCCCAUUCUAGCUUUAAACCAGCUGCCCUGACAAGUAUGUUAAAAAGAAAAUAUUUGCAAGUCUUCGUCCACUCUGCGUCCUCCGUUUAAUGUUCAUUACACAGGAUGCUGCCUACUUCUUUUAUUACUAGACAAUGAUCCCUUUUGUACCACGGUGACUUGUGUUGUGCAGGAAAAGCCUUCCAGCUGCAGGACACGUGAUUGUACCCUAGAGUUUUACUACCAUCAAUCUUAAUGGGCAUUCUGUCUUAACAAGAGGGAAAAGGCCAAACAAAUUCUGUUCCAUCGAUGGGGUGGGGGGGGGGGGAUUUUUCAUAGGUAAUUUUUAUGUUUUAUUUAUUUAUUUUUUUAAGAAAAAAUACAUUAAGAAAAAAACCAUUAUAAAUAAAUAUAAAAAAUCCAGUCAUACAGCAAACUCGCAUUUUACAUUAUGGUGAAUUCACAGUUUAUUAAUGCAGAUGCUUUCCUGCUUUAGUAUUUUAUAUUGUACUUCAUGUUUAAGUAAUGCAAUCAUGAAUAACAUACCAGUGAAAUGUGGUAGCUUCAUAUAUCGAUGGGAGAAAAAGUUUAAGAGGUGUUCAUGGCUUUAUUGUACUAAAUGAAAAACACGCCUGUCUGCUACUGCCAGCAGUGUGUCCAUUCUCAAUACCUGGGUUAACAAGUCACUCCCUUUUAUAAAUAGGCUAUGUAGCCUGACAUGCCAGGCUAGAUAACCUCUGCAGUUCAUUGCAGUAGUUAAUAAUGCUCGGAGCUGUGGAUGCAGUCCCUCAAGUGUUGGCGGGCAUGCAUGUAUUACCAUACUCCACAGCAAUAAUAAUGUCUUUGAACAGCAAUGAUUUUGUUCAGAAAUCAGUCUGUAUGAAUAAGAUACAUUGUUAUAGUUCUAAAUUACCUUUUAGUUGCAUAAAUUGUUUUUAGUAAGUCACCUAAAAUGUUUCAGAACAUCCCUGGCCACAACCCCAUCCAUACACCUUAAAUUAAAGUGUUCCUCUUUGUCUCUUGUUACGUUGCUUUCUUGCACCAUUAGAACUCCUGCAGUUCUAGUCAUCUUUAUGGGAGUCCUACUAGGGCUGUAGUACAUGAGUUAUAAACGCAUGAUAGGAGCUUAUGUUACUAUGUACGAAUUGUUUCAUAGAAAUUUGCACAGCACACAUGCACCGUAUUUGGACUUGGGAGGGACCGAGGGACUCCUAGUAUGCAGUUGUGGCUGCUGAGUGUUUGGUUAUUUUAAUUUUUUUUUAAAAAAUUUUUGUGUGUAAAUUUAAAUAAAUGGAUAUUUUGGCAGGGGUACUUCAGGCACUAAAAUGUUACAAAUCACAAAGGUUGUUUUUUUUGCUUUUGCACUUUUAAACAAAUAUGGCCAAAAUAGUGUUUCUCUUUGAGAAUUUUUUUUUUUUGUAACUCCAUUUUGUUUUAUCCCAUCGGAUAGCCAAAAUAGCAGGUAACUGGGAUAAUGAGUGAGAACGUAUAAACCUGAUCGGUACUCCUUUUGUUUGUUAGGCAUUUGUCUGCUUCUCUCUCAUGGGAGGUUUUCCUGGGUGGCUUUUUAAUAGCCUGUGAUAAAUAGCCGAAAACAUUCCUAACAAGAACAGCACAUGAAUGGGUAUGCUAUUGUUUGGAACCUCUAAAAAAGGUAAUUCUGAAUAAAGAUGACCAUUGUAAUUGCAUAUGUAUAGUUCAAAUCAAAGUACUUGAAGGAGAAGCAGUUGUGCAUCUGUGAUACUUCAAUUUAGCUGUUUAUGUGGAAAUUUCUGCUGCGGGCCAGCUUGGAACUCAAGAGCCUGUAUUCUCUUAGUAAGGACAAUCCCACCAGUUUAGAGACAAUUGCCGAGGAUGGAACUCUCUAAUCGUGUUUAGAAGCUAUUUGCAGUUUCCUGAUUAUUCAGCUUGUAAAAUACAUUUCUUUGAAAUAGAUUGGAAGACAAAGAUGCGUGACUGGAGGGUUUUUAUAUGAUCAUCCGCAGAAAAAGAUUAGUAAAGCAGGUAGCACAGGAAAAAAAAAAACAUUGCUUAAAUGUCAUGUCUUUUUAUGAAAUGAUUAUUCGUUGGCAGAUGUUCCCUGUACUUAUGAGUUUAGUAAGCAGUAAACAUACAUUUCCUGGCAGAUGAUCAUAGAAAACUAAAUUAUUCUGAACACAGUGGUAAUUAGCAGGUUAAGAUGUUAUUGCAAAAAACUUUGCAAGAGAAUACAUUGAAGUGAAAUAACGACACCUGUACAAAACCGAUCACGUCACUCUAGCGCUAGAGGCAACAGCUAUCACCAGCACCACAACCACUUCAUUGUCUUCCAUAAUACACUGGAAAAGAUUUAAAAAAAAUAAAUACAAAUGUUUAUAAUAUGUAUAUAAGAAAACACUAUCUUUUGCAGUAAAGAACUGUGGUGUACGGCUACUCAGGUAGUGACUGUAGAAGCCAGACAAUUGCCAGUUUUGGUGUUCGCAUUUAUUUAAAUGUGCUACAUGAUGUAUCAAUUUUCUUAUACAUAAGAAGCUGUUAUGUCCAUUUAAAAAGUGAGACAUAAGCUCCCGGUUUACAUAGGCGACAGUCAGCCAACUGUUAAUAUAGUUACAGUGUGUAUGUGUUGAAUUGUUCUCUCUUGUAAAGAGCAAAUCCUAAAAUGGAUUCCAUUGCCUGAACAUGACUCCUGUUGCUGGCAGAGUGAGUUGGGUUUUGUGGGUAAAAUCAUGGGUGCAAAGAUUUUUACUUAUUUAUUUUUUAUUAGAAUUUAAUUUAUCUAAAAUAUAUUUAAGCAGCAUACAUAUAAAAUGUGUGCAAGUGAGUGAGCCCGUGCUUGCAUAAUUGGGUCCGCUUGCGCCAUGCUGGCAGCUGGGCCCAUUGAUUUUUCAAACUGCCAUAACCUUUGACCUUCCUACGAGUGUCAAUCUAGCCUGACCUGUUUAGUUUCUUCCUGAAAGACCAGUAAUGCUGCUGUCAAACUGUGACAGAUGAUGGGAGAAGUCCCUAAACACUUAAAAUAUUUUGUAUCCUUAAUAUAAUUUCAAGCUUGGGGCAUUGCAUUCUAUAAUUUCUUGAUAUUGCACGUACAAGCUACACCUACACUGAGAUGCAGGCUGGACUAGUUUGGUUUAAGAAACUGUUAAUUCAAUUACAGAUUGAUGGAAUUAGAAAUAAAUCUUAAUUGCUUUUGUGUUUGUUUUGUUUCCCCCCCCCCACCCCCAUUCAAAGAAAACCAGGUAGAUCCCUUGGCUGUAUUUAACUACUUACCCACAACCUAAAACAUUAGCAAAGUCAUGGAAGAAAUAGUAGCUUUUUCAACAAGGAUUCUUUUUGGGGUUUUUUCAUACGCGUGUGUUAACUUUUUCGAGUGCUAGGUAUUGCACAAAUGGUUUACAUGGCAAUGCUGUAUAUGUCCAUCCAUCCUGGUGCUGUCUAGAUAUGUUAUCAGAGCCACACUUUUAUUCAUCUAUAUGUGCUUCUUAAAUACAAUCUGGUUCAUAAAAUAGAUUUUUACAGUCAUGGCUGAGUUAUCCAAGGUGUAAUACACCCAUCCGCAUGCUUUCUGGUUAACUGCCAAGGCUAUUUGACAUAUGAGUGAUGGUAUGACUUUUGCUAUAUAUUAUUAUUUAUGUAGCGCUGUAUUAUUAAUUGAUCAGUCUUCCUAUUCAAUAGAACACAAUGUGUCUCCUUGGCAUAUUUUUGUUAUGUGUAAAAUGCAUAUUUGACAUAAGCAGGCUAAAAAUAUUUUCUGCUAUUAUGCUACAUGGACAAUUAAUGGUUAGCCUUACAUUUUAUUUAUAUAAUUUCUACAUAGGUAUGAUCUUUCUAUGAUAAGACGAUGUUACACUUGGUAUUCAUUAAAUUACUUUUUCUCACUAGAGGUGACUGUACUCUGGAAGCAGGUUAUAUACUUGACGAUUGAGAUGUCUUUUCUCUGUUGCUGGGCUAAACUCUGAGAAACUCAGAGGAUCUCUGCACACUCCUUUUGUUUAGUACCACUGUAAUGGCUCAAAAUAGACCAAUUUACUGGCAUCUUUCAUGUACACUGGAUACUUUUCAUUAAUAAUUAAUUUGCAUGUACUUUUUACAAGUGCAUUUCUUAGGAACGUGGGAUUGUAUUUGUCCACUAAUGCAGGCAUUCUGUUGUUCUAGGUAACAGAUCUGUUUUGUGGCAACACAAUUGCAUUGCAAGUUUCUUUGGCCAUCAAAGGUUUUAGUGAAUAGCAGUAUUUGAAUUGAACAAUGACAUGCAGUAAUUUGUAAGAGAAGCUUUGAAUUGCUUGUCAGAAGAAGUGUUUAAUUUUUUUUUAAAGAAGUUCCUUACAGUUUUUUUUUUUUUUACAUAAACUGCUAAUGAUUGGUGCAAGUAACAUAGGUGUUGUGGAUGUAUGGAUCUUGUAUCAAUGGACGCUGUGUGCAAUUGAAUUGAUUGGUAAGUGCUAUCGUGGGCAUGACAACUUGAAAAACUUUAGCAAUGCAUGUGUAGGUAUCUGAUGCUGUUUCUUUGAGGUACGGGGGGGCGAGUGUUUUUAUUUUGUUUAAAUUACUACUGCUUACGGAACCACUGAAUCCUAUUCUGAAAUAGUUUAAAUAUGUAUGUGCCAUGUAGUGGACUUUCUUGGUCUUGUCAGCAUCAUACUCAUGAGAUAGUUGGGAAAACAUGAUUUCUUGAGUUUGUGCCCAAGGAGGAUUUUCCAAAGUCUUGAGAGAUUCAGGUGAUGCAUAACAACAAAAUGUUUCUAUUUGUGCUGUGUGUGUCUGUCACUCUAUCUAGCCUCAUGCACACAUUCUAGUUUUGCUUUUUUGGUGUCUUUAAAACAAAAAACACAAAAUGAAUGUUAAGAUGUAUGGUAUAUGUAGCCUACAAAUUUACAGUAGUGUAUUUUGAUGAAGCAGUAUACAAUUAAAUAUAUUAUUUUUCUUAAUACGCAUACAAAAUACUGUUCCGCUUUUGGUGUUUUAUUUGGACUUUUAGCAGGAAAUGUGACCAGUUUUAGUCUUCAAGAAGGCUAUCAUGUACACACAAUCAAUGAACUCGAUCUGCCAAAAUGUUACUGGUGUGCCAAGAAUUUCUACUUUCUCACUUUUCACUUCAGAGGCUUGGUUGAUGGCCAUAGGUUUUUUUCCCUCUCCUGUUUGGCCCUUGGCUAUCUGGCUUAUGUUGGAAGGAAGAAGGGCUAGAUUAAACCACUUUAGUGAUGCAAGUAGGGUCACCGCGUCAGGUCAGGAUUUAACUCCAGUGACCAUUCAUCACAUGUUGAUUGAUUGCCACAUGGUUCCAGGGGACAUUUCCAUCAACUCCCCCCUCCUGGGGGAGCAGAUGGACAAGAAAGAUGGAGCCGAAUGCCACCCAGGAAUUUCCUCUGUAAAACAGGAAAGAAACUGUUGUAAGCAACUAUUGCUCAACAAACACUUGGGUUCUUGCACUUUUUAGGAAAGCGGAUGUGAUCCUUUCCAUGUCUUUCCGGGUUUAUUCUUUUAGUGAAUUUUUAUUUCCUCUGCUCACCCAAUUUUAUAGAAUGGAUUAACUGUUUAAUGUUGUCUUUAACAGUUGGAUAGAAUUGCACACCAGUCACUAAUUCAAUUAAUGUUUAAGUAUAAUACUCUGGGUGCAGGAUUAGAGUGCAUCCCUUGGUGCACAAAGUACUAUAACAUAAUAGUAAUCUGCACACCAUUCACUAUGCAAAUAAAUCUUUUAUGCACCUUUUGCUAAAUAGAGAAAAUGCGCAAACCAUAGCAAACACGCGCACAUAAGAAAAGGGGGGGGGGAAAAAACAAUAGGAGAGACAGACACCCGAACUGUUCUGUACCAUUGCUCAUUUUACUAUUUGCUGUUUGUACUUAUUCUGUGACUAAUUAUAUAGUCAUUUUAUUUUCAGUGAAUGAUGCCUGGAUCACUAUUAGUUGUUUUUUUGCAGGGCUUCACAUUUUCACACCAACGUAUCAAUAUUAACUUUUUUUUUACUGAUCACAUGCCCAGCUGUUUGUGUGUGUGUGUGUGUGUGCGCGUGCGUGCAUCAUUCAUUGCAUACAUUGAUUAUCCGUUUGUAUGUCAGGUGCUUAAAGGUUAUUAAAAUUUUGUUCCUGACGAAUGUUUAUCUGUCUACUGUAAAGCCUGCACCAGCUGUUGUGGCAAUGCAAGCAUACCUGUAUAUUCUAUGCACAACCAAAAUACAGUAAAGAAUAAUAAUAAAAAAAGUUCCUGUAGCAUACAUAAGUAAAAUAUACAGUCAUUUGUAGUUGUGUAAAAACAGGCUUGCGUUUUUUUUUUAAUGAAAAGUUCAUGGCGACUAAUGUGUGCUAUAAUCGUGUGUAAGAUGGGAAAAACUGAGUAAGGAAAUCAGCUUGACGGACAGAUGCCUCUUAAAUAGAUCUGGGGAAUUUGACUAUUUGAGCUGUCAGAUGGGUACGGGAGGAACAUGUACGCUAGCUUCAUGGUGAAGGAAGAAUGUGUCGGUUUUAACAGAUGUGGAAAGAUUCCAAAGCGGCCUGGGAAGAUUCUCACUUGGAGUUCAGGAAAAUCAGGAACCUCAAAAUACUUGACAUGCAAUUCUAAGAGGUCCUUUUAGCUUGAAAGGGGUGUGUGUGUGUGUGUGUGUGUGUGUGUGUGUAGAUCUCUCUUUUUUUUUUUUUUUUAAAUGCAUAAAAUAACUACAGUCAAGGUUAUGAUGUUUUUAAAUCUGCUUUCCUGACGCUAUAGUGCAAAACCCACCAUUAAGGUGGCUUGCCGCACACCCUUCCCCCAUUAAAAGCAUGAAAAACUCUCCUUAUUUCCAGGGCCAUGCAGGUCUGCUGGCACUGGCCCCACCCCCUUGGUGACAUCAGAAUUGUUGAUUUUUAGCCAAUCGAAUUGGCUAAAAUCUGUAAGGGGCGAGGCCAAACACCAUUUUGGUCAUUGAUUCAAUGCAUCUCUAUGAGGAAAAUUCAGCGUGGGGACGCUGAACGGCAGUGCUGCCUAUUGUGCAACACUGAGCCAGGAAGCACCUCCAGUGGUCAUCUGAGUGGCAGCCACUUGGAGGUGUCCCUAGGAGCAGUGUUUGCAUGAAAAUUCCUGAAGGCAGUGAUUAUACUCACAUUAAGCUGUAGUUGUUCUGGUGACUAUAAAGUCCCUUUAACUCCUAAAUGGCAGAGAAAUGAGCAAUGAGGCUGCAGGGGCAUGAGCUAUAUACCAAAACAGUUAUAUUAAGCAAAAGUUGUUUUAAAUACUAGUUAAAUUGGUGUGUAUUGUGCUGUCUACUUUCACAAAUGCAGUAUGUGUCUUUUUAAAUCGGGAGUUUUUAAAGCAACCCUCCAGGCACCAUAAAACCUCUAUCAAAAUCAAGUUAUGGUGCCAGGAGGUCCCUGGCGCGUGCUCCAAUGGUUUAACUCCAAAGUCUGUGCAUCGGUGCCAGUGCUACUGCCUUCUUCCUUUUUUUUUUUUUUUUCUUUCUUAAAAUCUUUCUUAAAAAGACAGCAACACUGCUCAUUGGCUGAGAUGCAUCAGCCAAUCAGUGACUCCCCAUUCAUAAAACUGGUUAGUAAAAGGUUUAUUUCCAAGCACGUUUUAUGAAUGAGGAUUUCUUUUGAAGCCAGUUUUGUGAAUGGGGAGUCACUGAUUGUCUGAGAGCCUCAGCUGACCACACUCAGCCAAUCAGUAGCGCCACUGCCAUCCAAUUAAAAGAUUUUUAGAAAAUGGAAGGACCGAGGCAUGGAGUUUCAGAGCUGGAACACACUUUGACGUUAAAGUGUUCGGGGGCACCAGGGACCGCAUGGCACCAUAACUUCAUUCUGGUGAAGUUAUGAUGCCAAAACUGGUCAUUUUAGGUAACAAGUGCGUGUGUUAGAAAACUUCAUCUAAAUGCAUAGAGUUGAGAAGAUAAUAGGGAGAGUUCAUAUAUCUAACUAGGAUAUCAUAUUUUUUUUUUUGGUCCAUCUCUCUUUAUUGAAAUACGAACAGUGGUCAGAUUAUUAGAAUAUCAAAGUACAACAUCAGGGUGUAACAUUAGUUUUACGUAGCAAGACUUUUGCUUUGAACUUGUUUGUAUAUCAUUAUUUCAAUAAAUGUUACAAUAAAAGGUGAUGCGUUUUGGGUCUAGGUAGCAAAACAUAUAGGUAAUACUGCAUUUGACUAAACCAUGGGCCUUUGUCGACCCUCCCCUCCGACUACCGAUGAUGCCAGCUCCUGGGCUUUGGCCUGGGUUUGACCCGAAUUAGUUAGCAGGAAAGCUUCUUGUUGCUUUAAGCCUGUGCCUGUCUCGAGGCAGUCAGUCUCUGGGUAUGAGUUCUCUGUCUCGUUUAUUCUUGCGUCGGGUCCUGUCGUGUAAUUAGACAGUGGUGGCUGAUAGUGUCAGCGGUCUCUGGGUAACUAGGAUAUCUUGACUCUCUUUAAUAAUAAUCUUUUUGUAUAGUUUUGGAUUAUUAUGCAGAAUGCUUAGCUGCUUCUCUGUAGAGCAUUGAGAACGUGUUUAAUAUUUAGGAUAUAGCCAUUACACACAUACAAAAUACUAAAAAGCAGUGCUGCUCCGCUACCCUUUGAGAUACUGAAUACCUCUGGUACUGUAUGUGUUUUUGUUGCCUAGAAACCGUUUGUGUUUAACCCAUCCUAUAUUUAUUUCUCAAACUUUGAUGUCAUAUUGUGCCACCUCAAAAAAAAAAAUUAUAUACAACAUGAACAUGUGUUCCCUUGAAACAGCUAACAAAAAAAAAAAACAAUAUUAAUUUAUUUUUAUUUUUUUCAUUUUUAGGUCCUCCAUUUCUACUGUGAUUCUUGUUCUAUCCCUAUAUGUCGUGAUUGCACUAUGGGACAUCAUGCUGGACACAACUUUAUCUACCUCCAGGAUGCCCUCCAAGACUCAAGGGCAUUGGCUAUCCAGCUGUUAGCAGACGCUCAGCAAGGUCGCCAAGCUAUUCAGGUAAGCAUCAAUGCAUGGCAUUCCCUUGUGCAAGCGGUUUUCAAUUCAACAACUUGUUCUCAGAAUGCAUUAUAAGCCUCUAGGCAUACAUGUUCUUUUAAUUAAAUUCAAUAAGAACCCUGUUCAGUAAAUUAUGGAAGCGCAACAGAUGGAAGCUUCCUAUUUUGUUGCCUUUUUCCACUGGCAAAGGGGAAGAAGGAUAUGAAGCUGUGGGUCUAUUGUGCAUCACAUUUUCCCACCCCCCUUUUUCCUCCUCCCAAAAAAAAAACUGUCACUAUGACAAAAAAUAAAGUACUAAAGUGUGAUAUUUUGAAAAUUUAACAUGAAUUUCUAAUUUUAAGCUAAAAUAUAAAAAUUUGCUUUCUUUUUAAUUUCCUAAAUAUUUUAACUCGCAUUUUGACAUUCAGAUUCAAACUAUCUACAAUUAAGAGUUUAACUAAUAGCUCGGUUUCUAUUUUUUUUAUUUAAUGCAUAUUUGUUUAUAGUGUAGCCGUAAUGACCACAUCUGCAUACUGUCCUAUAUAAAUUGGCUUUAUGCAUUGAUCUUUUGAAGUAUAACCAUUUCAUUCAGCGUAUUUGUAAAACUUGACUUACAUGAUGCGGUAACCAUGUCCCAAGAGUUCAAGUGAAAUGAACAGCUGACAUAUUAAGUGUCCAGUAGGUAAAAAUGAAUGUUUCCCCUGGGUCCACUGCAGUCCAGGGUUUCCAUAGAAACCUCUUGUACUGACGAUAAAGAAAUCAAUGUGUUUUCCCUGCAACAAGUCUGUUGCUGUGAGUCGUGCUGUAAAAUAGACAACAUGUGCCAUGCUUGCUCUUGUGUGGCUACAGUGGCCUCCCACCUAGAACAGUGGAAUGUCUUCAAGAUUGGGGGUGGAAUGUUAUCAAGCAGUUAAAUGUAUAAUCCAGCGAGAUUUACGGUUAAGGGUGGUGUCCGUAAUCUAAUGAAAACAUGAUUGUGCUUAUCUCCUUACAAGCGAUUCGUAUUUUUUUUAUUUUUUUUUAUGAAUAUUAAUACUGUUUAGUAUUGCAAAAGAAAAAGUAUUGCUUGCUGUAAUCAUCUGUUCUUUUGUUUGCCAACCAAUCACGUGACCCGUGUCUAUUUCCUCUGCUGAAACCACAAAGGUUUCAUCUUAUGACUUCUGCCUAUUUUUUACGGAAGGGCCAGUAAGCCAGGAGGUGACCCAUACUUGAAAAUAUUCUUAGAGAUGCUGACGAUUUAACUCUGUGGUCCUAAACCGCAAAGAAUGUAGUGUCCUAUUUUAUGAAACCUUAAACCGAACUGCUGCAAUAUGGACACAUUUUAAGAAAUUGGGGAGGGGGAUAAUGAUGAUGGUGUACCUAAAGGCACAAACCUACAUCUGUCAGGAUUCUUCACUAAAGUGUGAAUUGCUUGGCAUUCAAAGAAAAUUUAACAUUUUAUGCCAAAAUAGUCAAGACUUGGAUUUUUUAAAAUUAUUUUUUCUAUUCCGCUAUUGUAGACUAAAAUUCUGCUUAAAUCUCUGAUAAUUAACACAUUGGUGAAUAGCCUUAUGUGAAAUUAAAAUCCUCAUCCACAUUUUCAUGAAUGGUGUAUGUACAUUUUUUUUUUUUUUUUUUUUUUUUUAAAGCACUCUCUUAAAUGCAGAGCUCACUUCCAGCAGGAUAUCUUAAACCGGCACUGUCAUGGCCCAAUCCCAUUUUUUGUUUUUUUUAACACCCCCUAGUCACACCCAAAUGCCCCUAAGCCCCCAUAUUACCUAUUUUUUAAUCUUUAUUUUCUGCCCCGAUCUAUAUUCAAGGCGCCGCCAUCUUUGUGUGGGUAGAGGAAGUCCCUGUGGGACACAUCAUCUGCCCACACUAGAUAGACUGUGAGAUUCCCGCACAUGCCCAGUGAAACACCUGGACAUGCGAACGGGAAUUUCAUCCAUUCAUUCAUCAGACAGAGGAAUGAAUGAAUGGAAAUGUCAGACGAACAAACAAACAUUGAAUAUCAGUGUUUGUUUGUUCGUUCAGUUUAUUACAAGGAGGAGCUACCGGUGCGCAGCUCCCUCCUUGUAAUAUGUAAAGAUAGAAGCGGCAGGGAGCAGUGCUCCCCGCCACUUCACAAGCCCCCCCAGGUCCCCCCACCACAUAAUAGCAUAAGGGAGAUUAAAAUCUCCCCAAUGCCCCUCUCUAUACCGCGAGUAGGGGCAUGUCGACUAAACAGUGAGCAGCCUGUGGCAUACUUUUCAGACUGCAGACGUUUGAGUAGGCAGAGCAAAAUGGCACUGAUGAGGAAACUCCAUAAACCGUUUAUCCCUUAAAGCACGGGUGUCAAACACAAGGCCCGCGGGCCGAAUCCAGCCCGCCAGACCUCAGCAUGUGGCCCGUGUAGCCGCCGCCGGCCGCCAGCCCAGUGGCGGAUCCAGGGGGGGCAACCCCGAGAAUACCGACGGUCUCCCUCUCCUGCCAGCCCAGCAAUGUGCCUGCGGACCGGAGGGGAGAUCACAGAUCUCCCUCCCCGGUCCGCAGGCACAGUGCUGACAGCCGGCGGGGGAGGGAAGGAUAGAGGACCCGGAGCUCAGGCUGCAGCUCCUCCGGGUCCUCCUCUCGCGGGAGUUGGAGCGUUGCCGUGGUUACCACGGCAAUGCUCCAAAUCUCGCGAGAGUGAACUCUAGCCCUGGAGCGUGGGCUAGAGUUCACUCUUCCCACUGGGACCACCAAUGAAUCCCCCAGCGGACCACCAGGGAAAUGUACCACCUCCCCCCAGUAAAGGUAAGAAGGGAGGGGGGACAUAAAUAUAUAUUUUAAUUAAAAUAAUAUAUAUAUAAUAUAUAAAAGCCCCCCUACCCUUAUAUCACACACACUCUAUACACACACACACACACUGGCCCCCAUACUGCCCCCCAUACACACACACUGCCCCCCAUUUUGCCACCCAUACACACAUACUGCCCCCCAUAUACACACACUAUAUACACACUAUGUUUCUGCUUUCAGAGCUAGUUAUUACUUACAUUAUUACAAAAAACAGUAAUAAUUGAAUGCAGUGACAAUAAUUUAUGAUAAUAAAGAGUGGACACAUAGUCCUACAGAUACAACCGGCCCUUUGAGGGUGACCAAACUGCUGAUGCGGCCCCCGAUGAAUUUGAGUUUGGCACCCUAACAACUUGAUUUUUAUGAAGCUGUUAUUGUGCCCAGUGUGCUCCUUGAAGCAUAUGGACAAUAUUGAGGCACUCUUUAAAAAUGUAUGACUGCAAAGUUGCACUUUUUUAAGGAGCCAAAUAUUUUUUCACCGUUUUUGACGUUUUAUCUGGGGUUUGUCAGGCGCAGUUCCUCGCCUCCACUACCAUCUCCCGAGAGAUUGAAGUUUUUCAGGAAGAACUUUUUUUGGCUUUCCUGAUCGAACACCGCUAUCAGCUGUCAGAACGUAGCUGAGGAAUGUGGUAGUGGGGAAACAGAACAUGUCAGACUCCAGUUAAGUCACACUGUUCAAAAGUGGUUUGACUCCCAUCAGUGGGAGGGCGCAUGGACACUACCACCAUAAGCACAAAAAAAAAAACUAUAGUGGUUAUGGUGCUUGGAUAGUUCCUUUCACUGUUCUUUUAUUAUGAUCUUUUGAAGUCAAUCAGUUAUAUUCUGAAAACAUCUGUUGAAUUACCUUGAUCAGCAGAUGAAAACAAAGUACUAUAUAAAACUAGAUUAUCUUUUUAAUUUUUUUUUCAUUAUAAUUUUUAAAAUAUCUUUAUAUUCAAGACAGGCAAGAUAUAGACAUCAACAGCGUAAAAUCAGAAUACACAGAGACUGAAUAUAGCACAUAGACAGGUAUAAUGAUAUUAGAGUUUUUCAUACAAACUAGCAUAAAAUAUACUAGAGAUAUUAAUGAUGACUAAGUGUAAUAUUCACCGGUCACCCCAUAUACUGGCCUGUCGCCAUGGCAGAAGUGUCUGUGUCCUCUGUUACAUUCCAAAUUUUUGUGGACCCCUUAAAGAGCACGGCAGUUUACAUGGGGGGAUGUCUCCUGACAUCUCAGUGGAAUACCACGCAUACUGGAAGAAGGGUUUAUGUUUAACCCUGAGACACUAAGAUCUGUAAAGAACUAGUGGAGACCAUUUUGCAAAGAAUUAUUUGGAGAACUUCUUUGUUUAAGUGAGUUUCUGACCAGUUAUAGUAAAACUAGGUGGUCAAAUUACUAGAAAUGUGAAUGGAAUGAAAUUUAGUAGAGUUGUAUGAAUCCAUUGGGUAAAGAUUGUUUUACGGCCUAUCGUGUCUGAAAGCUAACAUUCUUUUAGCAAACAAUGGGUUUUGGACCAUCUAUUGUAAAUGCUGAGUAUAAAGAAGGUAGUUAAGAUGUGGUCAUAUAAUGUACCAACCGGAAGCAAAUCUGUUGAACUAGGCUGUUCUGGUCUACAUAAAAUGUAUCUCAUCUAAGUAUGCAGAUUGUUCUAACUCCACUAAAGAUAUUUUGGACUUUUUAUGAAGUUCUAAAAUUGUCUUAAGAUAUUUCCCAUCCAAUUUUAUAUAAAUAUAAUCUGAAGCAUAUUCAAAAUGUACAGUAGACUGGAAAUAUAACAAUCUAUUGAGUUACAUCCCCAGAAAGGAAGUGGGAGUUUUUCUAGUCUCCUGAGUUUGAAUAUAAUAUAUAUAUUCUUUAUUAAAGUCUGAAGCAUAUAGGGUACAAAACAGAACUUGACAUUUAAAUACAUAUAUAUAUUUUAGCACAAUGCUUCAUUCAACAUUCUAUCCACAUUCAUACUACGUACAUCAUUCAUAUGGCCGUGGGGUAGGUGGUUCAGGAUUAGCUCUUAAAACCGUUGAGCGUGAGAUUCACAGUUUAAAGAUCUCAAUUAAACUAUCUAGAGCAUAUUCGUAUAGGAAGAUGUUACCAAUUUUCCCCAGAUUUUUUUAUAUAGGGCCAAUUGAUUUAUUCAUCAAAAAAAAACAAUCUUUUACAUAGAGCAUUGGUAGUUUGAGAUGUUAUUUCAUGCCAAUUUUGAUGUCCUUGCUUUCUCAAAUUUCUGGCUAUGCAUAUUUUACUGCCAGCAUAAUAUGGAUCAUUAAUUUAAAUGAAGGUUUAUCCAACUGGGGAGGACAAAAGACGAAGGUCACCAGUGAUGGCUGUAGGGGAAAUAAAGAUCUUUCUAUGGAGGAUCCCUCGAUCUUGCAGGAUUCUCCAUAGACCUGAAUGCUGCACUCUCAAGUAUGCGCAAGAGUACAGCUUUGACAUUGGCUCCUGGGGAUGAAGUGGACCAGAUGGAACAAGAUGGUGGCAUAAAACCUAACUUCCUCUGCCCCCACCCCAACCAACAAUGGCCACUUGGCUCCCAGCAGUUAUGUCAAUGUCAGGGCUCUUGGCAAAUUAUGCAAAGACUCCAAGACCAUGACAGAGCUGCUUUAUAUAUCCUCUAUCAAUAUGUAAAGAUGUAAUGUCUCGCUCAUUCAAUAAAUGAAGGGCUGUGAGGAGAUGUAAAUGCUAAAUAAGCAUCCUCCAGGAGAAUCUGGAUUGCAGACGAAGUGGUCGCUGGUGCUUCAUGGAAACAAAGUAAGUUGUCAAACCAUUCUAAAAUUGUUUGACAAAUGACAUUGUGGGGAAGGGUUCCAAGGCAUUCAUGUCACCAUAAUCACUAUGGUGGAGUGUAGUGGUUAUUGUGCUUGGAGUGCUUUUUACUUAUUUUAUUUUUUUUAUGACUCCUAAAUUAUUUUAUUACAUUGUAUUGGAUGUAUGUAUUUUAUUUUACAUUGGCAUCCUAAUCUGCUGCUAUUAUAGAAAUGUUAUUGUUUUAGUGGGUGUUUCUAUAUGUAUCAAAUGCCAGAAUGUUUUCAUCCUCAUUUUACUGCAGUUACAAAUAAAAGAAGACCUUAUUUGUACAUAUAAACAAGGUGCCUGAACAGAGCAUGCUUGUAAUUCAAUUUCAUUUAAAGACUAAAGGACAUUCUAGACUCUCCACUGUCCUAUUCAUAUGUUCAGUGGAAGAUGGCAAGCCAUCUGUGAUCUAUACUGGCCUUAUUGAUUAUUUGUGUGCAUGCAGUAGUAGUGAGGACAGAUGCAUUUAGAGUUCCAAAAAGGGGUGGGGGAGUAAACACAUUUGAAUGGGAUGUAAUAAAUGAGGUAAUUUAGCACCUUUGUAUGACUUCCCCUGUAGGGGAGGUAUGGUGGUGUUGUGUUUUUUUUUUUUUUUUUUUGCCUUUUCUGCCUUUUUCUGUUUUUUAGUAAAAGCUGCAGGGGCUUCUCAUUAGUAGAAACAGAGGAAGUAAUUUGGUUAUCUUUGCACAUCAAAGGGUCAGAAUGUUGGUUCCAUAGAAGGGUCAUCCAGGGCACACAAGCUGUGUUUUGUUCUCCAGCUGCAGAUGAAUUCAUUGGGAAAGUAGGUUUGAAAACCAAUGGAAUGGGUGGGCUGAGCCCACUCUUGUUGUUCAGCACAAAAGGAUCAUAAAGGAGUUUGAAGUGUUACAAACCUUCAUACGUCUCUGGAGGAGGGAAAGUCUUUGAGGGGCCCUUGAGGCCAACUUGCUAACUAGCUAUUUUUAAGGACAGGCAGUAAAUUACUUCACUUACAUACACACCAUGGUAGACACCAGUAUGUACAAUUAUAAAAUAAAGAAAUGUCCUAAGCAUAUAUUUAUAUUCAGGACCUAAUCUUAAUAAAGAUUGUCAGUAUUUAACAUUUGUCAUUUGAAUGCUGUGAAGCCCUAUGAAGUGUGUGGUGGCAUUUUUCAAGAAGAAAAGCCUUCUGGACUUGAGAAAUUGACAUGAUACUAACUCACACAUGGUGCUUCUCGGCUUCCCAUAGAGGUUUGGUUUGCUAAUAGGUUUCCAUUAACAUACUGACUAUAUGAUGUCAAUUAUUCUUUUUAAUUUUGAAGAGGUAAUGUAUUCCACGGUGCUGUACAGUUGGUGAACGAACAGUAAGACAAAUACAAAAGUUAGCGAGGAAAUUGUAUUCAUUUUAAAGUUACUCUGUGACCCUGUGAAGUGUCUUUACUGUUGCAUUUACAGUUCAUGUUUGCUGAUACAGUUUGUCCACACGCAGCAUGUGCUGUCAUUCACUUUGAGACUUUUUAACACGGGGCGGUACGCUCCAGCUUAAUUGACCAUAUUAUCACAAAUUCUUUUUAAUGUGUUAGAUGAGCAGAGGAUUGUCUGUUGCAGCCCAACAAAAUCUGAGGGGGCUGGAGUUUAACAAUCUUGGUUUACCUGUUGACACACGGGUUAACCUGUUGACACACAAUAAUUUUGCACCUAAAGUUUGCAUACAGCCUAUGUCUUUUUGUUUGUUGACAUUUUAGUUUUUAUGGUAACUUGAAGACAGAGUUCGAAAAUGCCAAUUCUGGGACUUCAAGUAACAGAACAAAUUGGCAAUCAACCUAAUCUCCCUUACAUUUGCACCCCUUCCUCUACUGUGUUCCACUUCUAUCUAUGCACUGAUUAUCUGUACAACAUGUUACAAUAUAUUAUUGGAUUGCAUACCCACUGACCCUUAAAGGGUUAAUGGUUAUAAACCUGCUUGGUCAUUAGAAAUAGUUGUCUGUAAUUUACUUUACUUUGUCCCCUGCAUGCUAUUUAGUUGCCUAUUCUUGAUAUCAAGGCUGCAGGAACAGUUAUAGAGAGUGUAAAACUUUGUGCUGUCCUAUCUCCUCCUGUGUGUGUCUGGAUAUGAAGUGGAAUGGAUAAUUUCCCAUCUGCCCACUGACAGCCUCUCACCCAGGAAAUGAUUUGUAGGAGGCGGAGGGACUGUACUGAGAGAUGCACAUUGUGUAACCGCUCCUGCAGUUCUACUAUCAGUCAUUGGAGAGUUAGAACUUUGCAAAUAAACCUUUACGCUCUGCAUGCAUGUAACCUAAACACCCCUUUUUCAUUAAAGGAUCAGUUUGGGCCCCUUUAAUAAUUUUAACAAAAGGACAUUUUUUACAGUGCCAGGAGGUCUCUGGUGCUGGCUCACCUUUAGGGGUUCAACCAUUCAUGAACUGUUUAGCCCCAAAGUCUAUGCUCCAGCGUCGGGUCUCUCUGCACCCUGCCUUUACUUUUGCAAAAUCUACGAAGAGGAGCCGCUGAUUGGGUGAGAAACCUAAGUCGAAAAAAUGUACCCAGAUACGAAAUUUAGGAUUGUUGGGUUUGUUAGAUUGGGGUUAAAGGACCACUCUAGGCACCCAGACCACUUCAGCUUAAUGAAGUGGUCAGGGUGCCAGGUCCUUCUAGGGUUAACCCAUUUUUUCAUAAUUAUAGCAGUUUCAGAGAAACUGCUAUAAUUAUGAAUGGGUUAAGCCUUCCCCCUAAUCCUCUAGUGGCUGUCUCAUUGACAGCCACUAGAGGCGCUUGCGUGAUUCUCACUGUGAUUUUCACCGUGAGAGCACGCAGCGUCCAUAGGAAAGCAUUGUAAAUGCUUUAGAGACCGCUGCAGCUCUUGCCGCGCGGCGCAUUCAGCCGCGGGCAACGGAGGCGGAGAGGAGAGGAGAGCUCCCCAGCGCUGGAAAAAGGUAAGUUUUUACCCCUUUCCCCCUUCCAGAGCCGGGCGGGAGGGGGUCCCUGAGGGUGGGGGCACCCUCAGGGCACUAUAGUGCCAGGAAAACGAGUAUGUUUUCCUGGCACUAUAGUGGUCCUUUAAACACCCUUUUGUGCCACAACUAUAACCCCUGUCAAGCUUUUAAUCCUUGCAUCACUAAGCACCCUAGGUAAUCUGACUCUGACAUUAUCUCUUUUAUAUAAUCUAACUAACCACAUCUAACAUUGUUAACCCUGCAUGCAUUUACACAGUUGCAUACACGGUUUAUACUCCUAAAUUCAAACAAAAUACAUUAAAAGUAGAAAUAUGCAUGUAUGUGCAUACAUAUAUUAACUUUAUCUGCCUUUUAUUGGGGCGGGGGGGAACCUUAGAAUUCUGUGCAUACAGGCACAUGACCUAUAAAACUGGCCCUGGUAGAUAUCUACCCCGUAUGGUUGAAGUUUGAUACACUGUAGCAGGGGUAGGCAACCUACUGCACUAGUGCCAUGCACGGCACUCAAGGUGUCUUUGCACGGCACUCAAGGCUGCUAGAGCCAAAUAGGCCCUGGCCUAUCAUGAGUCCCUGUGAAACUUCAGAUAUCUGCUAAUAUGAAGAGGUGGUGAAGGACAAUUCUCAAUUUAUACAUUGCAGCACGUAGAGGAAGUGAUCACAGAUCACUUCCUCCCAGCACUUGUGAAUGGGUAUCCACACUGGAGGAGAGCAGCCUUGCAGCUGCUAUUGCAGCUCCAGUCCUUGAUCUGUACCUGGCCAGCCUGGUCCCCACUUGAACCCAGGGAAGCCACCCACACUGCUAGAUAUACACAGAAAUUCAGAAUAACCCUCCCUCGUUCAAAUAAUAUGAACAGCCCACACACAAACAUACACACAUUCCACACAAACGCAACACCACUAACAAUCCACAUACAUGCACACAACCCCACAUGCAAUACCCCAAACAGCCCCACAAAUACACACAACGUGAAAUAUCCAUCCACACACAAUUCCACAAGCAGCCCUCAUACACAGCCCACAUUCAUAUGUAUCAUACACAAUACCAUAAACUACUAAUGAACAUAUACAAUAUAAUAGCUUAUAUACGCACAAAUACAACGAUACAAAGCAAUUACAGUAAAAAUAACACAAGCAGAAUACGGCAGCAUAUACACCUCAAUUUAAAAAAAUAGGACCGGCACGCUACGGGACAUCACAAUCUUAUAUCUGCACAGUGCUGCUAAUAGGUUGCCUACCCCUGCACUAUAGGCUUCCUAUCCCAUGGUAUUUUUAUAUUUGCUUUUGUCAAUUGUACUUAUGCUCUUUGCUCAGUCUGUUCUAGUUUCUCUGUUCUCUUGUGUGCCACUGCCAGUGAUCACAUGUAACCCACUUUACCUGUUUGGCAUUAAUAAUGUGAGCCUCUGAAAGAACCACACCUAUUUCAGACUCCCACUGAAGUGAUCAGUUGAUGAGUUGUUAGACAAGGUAAAAAAUAGUACAUUUUCUAUUUCUCCCAAAUCUAAUAUUUGAGUAGUAAGUCCUGAAGCAGAUAAUUGCCCUAAGGAUCAACCUGUACUCUUUCUUAAGCCUGAUAAUCAGACCUCUGCCCAAAUAAUCCCUUCUUGGCCCCCUGCAUAUUAUGGGCAAGGUGUGUGUGUGUGUGUGUGUGUUUUAACCAUCUCAGGACAAGGCAUAAUGUCAUUAGUGACACUAUAGUCCAGAAGUGGCUAUUUAGGUGACUGGCUACCUUCCUAUCUCGCUGCGGCUGGCCAUGUUUUCAUGGCUUAAAAUAAUCAAUCUUGAUGAGAUCAGCCAAUCCAAUGCUUUCCUGUGUGGCAAAAUGUUGUGCUGUGUCAAUCAGCAUCAUAUGGGAAACGUUCAGCAUCAGCUUGACUGCCACUAGAGUUGUUCCUCUGCACCAAUGUAAACACUGCCUGAAAAGGCAGCUUUUACAGUGCUCAGGAUCCAAGCAUAGGCUAUACACCAGAGCCAAUACAUUAAGCUGGUCAAAGGUCUUUAAAGGGUUUCUAGGGACAUUGUCAGCACCAUUACAACACGUUUUAUUGGCACUGGUGUGACAAAUGUGACUUAGGAGAGUGCUCGCAGCUUAUCAUUCCUUUUAGACUUGAGCAAACUUUGUAGUAUUCGUAACAGCAGAGUGGCUGGGCCUGGGUGUAGGAUUAUCACCUGGCUGGUAUUUUACCUACACAACCGGUAUUUGAGGCUGUAUAGUAAGUGCUGGUAUAGCAGGUAGGGAGAAUAUUCGAUGAUCUUCACCGACCAAGAGUGUUCUGUCCUUACUUGCCUCCUAGUACUCUGUUGCACAUAUUAACGUCUUGCUCUUGACCCCAGAGUGCUGAAUAAAGGGUCUGAGCCAAGAUCUGCGUGUCUAAUAAAGUGUGAGAGGCUGUGAAGAUGCCCUCACUGUGGUUUUUUUAGCCCCUCUCCAUCCAACAGGCAUAGUCUCUGAAUUUUAAUACAGGGCUGUCAGACCCCAAAGGUUAUGGUGAACUAUUUGUGUUAGUGCUUCAGAUUUCCCUUUCCCCUGGCUUCCAGAGGCAAAUUGAAUAGAAGAUUGAGAAAAAGCAAAGAGCAUUUUAAAAAGCAAGUUGGCCUGGGAGGGAACCUACAUACACUGUUCCUUCUCCUUUAUUGAUGAAAAUAAAGUGAUUGCUUAAAAUGAUAGUGUAACUUGCCCUCUGACUGUCAGUGCAUUCCCAACAGGCAUCUGUUUGUAUUUCUAAGAAGGUGAUAAGUUUAUGUGCAUGUGCUUUUGAGGGUGUAAUUGUAUGUGUCUCUUAAUUAAUUAAUGGUGAAUAUUUAUAAAUAUAUUUAUUAUUUAGUGUAAUUUAAAUUGAUGUUUGUGUUUUGUCUGUGUUAUUUGAGUGACUGUGAUAAUGUGGCUGGCUGUGUAUGGUUUGCUGCACUGCAAUCACUCUGUAUAGAAAAAACGAACUAUAGCGUGUGUAUUUGUAUAUAUAGCGAGGCUUGGUUUCCCUUCUUAAGGGACGCCAGAGCGCUCCCCAUUAUCAUUUUCAGUCUGGCGAUUUGCAUACCGUGACUUCUGGUCUGUGCAAAUCGCCAUUUUGCUUAGCUGGUGUCCGCUUCGCUGUCUUCCAACUCGACAGAAUCCCAUACCUGCUCCACUCCCUUCGUUGCCUGAAUCGUAAAAACCGUGAGUCGAGCUGCCUGUCACACCUCACUCGCAGGCGCUCAGCGUCAUUCCGGGGCGGCUCUAUGCUUUUAUCUCCUUUCGCAUACAUCUGAUUGUUUUUUGUUUUCUCGCGGCUACGUGAACGGUUAGGCUAUAGUUCGGUCUUUCAGCUAUUUCCAGCCUGUUUGUAUCCCACAUAGGUUUAGUGGGCUUUUGGGAGCAUGCGCAAGAACGCAUUUGUUCGGCUCAAACAUACGAACACAAAGUUGUUGUAUUUCUCGAACUAUUAUUUCGUAUAGUUUUCGUUAAUCUCGGAAUGUUUGGUUACAUCCGAAAGUUAGCCCACCACAAGGGUUGUUUGUAUAUUUAUAACCGAAUGCCCUAUUUUAGUACUAGGUUUCACACGAUUUCAUACAAAUUUUUACUUCACUGUUUCAGUUAAUGACUGUUUUAAAGGUCAGUCUCUAGUGGUCAGUUGAUAUUGCACAGGACUUUAAACAUGCAGUAAUUACCUGACUUCAGUUAAUUAAUGUCGACCUUUAAUGGUCAAUUUGAUGGUCAAAUGAUAUUGCACGGGCUAUAUUUGAAGUUUGAUAUUUUAAAGUGAUGAAACACUUGUUUGUUAAUUAUUUUUUCACGCCUUAUCCGUAUAUUCUGACGUUACGAAUGUUUCUCUUUGUAGGGGACUCAAUUGUGUUAUUCAGGUUAAUUGCCAGUUCUUAUUGUUCAAACCAUAGGGAGGUUAUGUACCUUCUAACUAAAGUUACAUUAAGGCCAUUGAUCUUUCGGGCACGACUCAAAACAUCACUGUUACUAUUCACAAUUCACUGUGCGUUUGGUUAGUGGUUGCAGUUAUUCCGGCCCACAUAUGGCCCUCAUUAGUUUGUCUAGUCCUUAAUGUUUAUUUUCUACACGUAAUCUUACGGAAUGUUUAUAAAUUCUUUGUUUCGGUAAAUAUGGAGUGUUAAAGAUCUGCCUAUAUUGGUCUGUAUUGAUAUUGCACAUGUCGAUAUUUUAAUUUAUUCUUAUGUUUUGUUGAAGAUGGUAUUUAAUUUAGGUAAAGCAAACGCAUUGCUUAUCAUUUUCCAUGCUUUGUCAGUAGAUGCUGACGAUACACUUUUUCACUCAGCUAAGCCUCUAAAUGCUCACCCGGUGCAUUCCUAUACUCAUGUCACUAAAGCUCAAUUCCUUAACCAAUGUCCAACAUCAACAUUGUAUAACCUGCACCUAAGCUACUACUAUUCCAUUUCUAAUAUAUUUCUUUGACAUUUAACUGGGGAUUAGAUGUUAUCACUAGUUCUGUAUAGUAAGUUACCUUAGUUAAUGCCUUGGUGUAUAAUUAUUUAACUAAGUUUAGGAUCCUUAUCCUAAUUCACCUGUUAUGGUGGCUUACUUCACUGCUUGUCUCAAUUCUACUCAAGUGCAUAGAAUACUCUCUUGACUAUAUAUAUAUAUAACCACGUUUUAUGUCCCUUAACAGCAUUACUGUUUUAUCUUGCAUCUGUUCUACUCUCAAAGAUGUCCCGGGCAGGGCCACGCACAUAGUUCUCACAUAAUUCAUUAUAUCUUUAGGUUCAUGAUUAGGACUGCUGCUUUCAAAUGUAUCUGGUUUUUUUCUUCCAUAAGGGUCGGAUAUUCGUAUCUAGGGCAUUACUGAUAACAUGGUUAUUACAGGUGACGGAGUACUCUGCAUUUUAGGGCAACAUUACUCAUCAUACCCCUUAUACUACAUUCAUUAGGUAGGUUUUAUUGAUUAUUCGGUUGGAUCCACGUGUGACCUCUCACUCAAGUACGUUACAUCAUCGUAUCUUUAGGUGCUAGGUAUCUACGAUUUACUGCAUAACCUCCUACUUAUGACUGAACGUUUCAUCGCUACAUAUCCUGUUGGGCGGAACAGGAUAUCUACUUUUACAUAACAUGCCACAAUUCUUACUAUAUCUCGUUAACCCUGUAGGUCUGCACCAAUCCACUGGUUUUAUCGCAUUUCUGACUACUCGUUCUCAGAUACGUCAAAUUACACAUACUCAUUCAAAACUUUUACCCUGCCUCUCUUAGUUUAAUUACUUGCUGGCAGGGCACCAGGAGCCCGAUAGCGUAUACUUUCUCAAGCCUCUAUGCAUUACGUUAGUGGUCCCACAAGGCCAACAUCCAUCCUCAUACUCUGAGAUAUUACACCCAUCGGCCCAACUCAUAGUUCGUCGCCUCGCAUGGUGACGUAGAGAGGACCUCACAUGUCACGCCCAUUCUAUCUUAUGCUUUAAAAGUCAGAGAGGCUGACACCCCGCCACAAAUUCGGUGGCCACGUAAUCCCCUCGGGUCAACACAUAGAGCUUCUCAAGCCUCUUGGCAUCUAGUAGAGCCUCACCCGUCCCCAACUUGUUUAAUUAAUGGUUUCGACACUUGGCAAUAGCUAGUAUACCAGUAUGUUGUAAGGGUACACACAACUACUCCAUGCUGUUGAACACAUCUCUGCGACAGGAAGGUGGAGUGUCCUGUCCCUGCUCUGCACACCUACUAGGUCUGAUACGUCACACAAGGGACAUGGCUAUUCCUACUUCUAUCAGUUCUUGGACUAUACCUUGCAUCACAGCAGGAAUGGCACAAAAUGUACCAGCACAGCUAUAUAAACCAAUUAUCAAACAUACAUACAUUUUUUUUUUUUUUUUUUUUUUUUUUUUUACUUAUAUAGGUACCACUAACCAUGCUUUUAGUAGGGAAAUGACUGCUUCGUAUUAGAACUGUCUAGUAUUGGAAACCUACCCUGUUGUAUAAUUAUAUCGAGCAGAUUUAAUUAUAUCAUGCAUAACUAUGUGGAGCCUGUAGAAUUAAAUGUGUGUAAGUUACGUGGCUGGUACUAUUUGGUAUUGGUAAAUUCCUUCUGUCCAAUUAUACUGGAUUAGAACAUCAUUUGAUGAAAUAUUAGGUACACACAGUAAUUUUGGUUAUCAGUAACAAGUAUAGGUCCAUAUUUGCAAAUACUUGUCAGGUAGAAUCCUUUAGCUGGUUAGUAGGAAUAUAUAUUUAGGUUGCCCUAUGUAAUUGGAUGGCCGGUAUUAAAUAUUACAUUUCUUUCAUGUUCAUAUCAAUUCAAGACCUCACUCGGUUCUCCUUUACGUAUUGUACAUACAUUCAAACUCUGACUUUUACAAAUGGCUGACCCUCGCAGGAUCCUCCAUAUGCAUUCGAGCAUAUGUUCCAUAACUCAAUAUUCAGUGCAUGUUUCUGUACGUUCAAGAUAUCCAACGGGAUAUUGACUAUCUGUCUACAUCACAAGUAAAUUAGGAUCCAGAUUACAUGCAUUCCACGCAGAUAGAUGGGAUAUCUUAUUAUGACAAUAUUUAGGUUGAACCACUUCCCUCCUCGUACAUAGAAGCAGCUAUGUUCAUUCAGGGCGAUUUUCCGAAUGGUACAAUUCAGCUUCUCAUCUAAACGUAGCAUCACAGCAUGCCUCCUUUAGCUUACGGUAUUAGGCCCUUACUAAGACUUAUCGUUUUCUAUACUGUCAUUCCUCUUAGCUUCCCUUAACAGGUGUCGCUACUUACAGGAUCAGUUUGAUGCCGGGCUCGCAAAUCAUAGAUAACCAUGCUAUAGAUCAUGCAUAUCGUCCUAUGUAAAUAGUGGUUAGGGGGUAGUGUGUACGCAAAUAUAUGUAUAUACAUGUGCUCGCGUGUAUUCACUCACGCUCUGGCGGCUCAUGAUUUCAAACUAUUGUUCUCACUGUUAUGUUGGUAUAUGCGAUUUAUGUUAUCCUCGGUUCCUAUGUCAUAACUCUAGGGUCGUUUAAUUGUUUGACUCACCUAUAGCAUUUCUCACGUAUCUGCAUGUGCCUCGAGCAGAUCUUGUCAUAUGCACUUCGUGAGAAUACUGACUUGGUGAGCUGCUAAUUACUAGUUUAUCGACAUAUGAUCAUAUCCCUCACUUAUCUUGUUCUCCAUUAGACUUUCUGCUGAGGGUCUACAGUUUAAUCUGGUUAUGGCUAGAUUUUAUGUUGUGCUAAAGCUUCUUGAGGUCAGCAGUCAAUUUCACUUCUUUUGCCACCUUUUACUUAAAUAUUUUAACACUACUAAAUGACAUUUGACAAUUCGGUCAGCAAUAAUGCUGGAUAACGACCUGACCUCUGUUCAAGGUUCCCCUGAUCUGCUUCUACUAGCCUUACACGACAAUACUCUAACGACAAGUAUUUUCAGACUUUAUCUCCACGUUUUACUGCAUGGUCAGAUAAGGUCUUAAUUAAGCAGGUCACUCCUUCCACAUCAGUAUUGACAACCAUAUCUCCAGGAACAUUCAGUACAUAUUAAAGGAUCACUAUAGUGUCAAGAAAACAAAGCGGUUUUCCUGACACUAUAUUGCCCUCAGGGUGCCCCCACCCUCGGGGUCCCUCCCCCAUGGCGCUGAAGGGGUUAGAACCCCUUCAGCAGCUUACCUUAAUCCAGCACCGGGCUCCCUCGGCGCUGUUGACCUCUCCUCCCUGUCCGACGAAACGGGAGUCGAAUGCGCGGCAAGUGCCGCGCGCGCAUUCAAAGUGUCCAUAGGAAAGUAUUUCUCAAUGCUUUCCUAUGGACGCUCUGCGCGAUGGAGGUGAAAUACGCCUCCCGCGUCGCAGAUGCGCCUCUAGUGGCUGUCUGGAAGACGGCCACUAGAGGCUGGAUUAACCCCAAAUGUAAACAUAGCAGUAAAUUGCUAUGUUUGCAUCAGAAGGGUUAAAACCUAAGGGACCUGGCACCCAGACCACUUCAUUGAGCUGAAGUGGUCUGGGUGACUAUAGUGUCCCUUUAAUGGGACAUUGAGAAUAUAGAGGCCUCAGCUUACUCCAGAUAUAUACAUCAACCUUUUCUUAAAAACACCAAGUCUUCCAUAACAUGUAUAGGUAAUAUAUUGUAAUAUGCUUGAUUUGGCUGUAUUGUUCUAUAUGGUAUACUCUUUUUGCCCUCUUUUAUUACAGGCCCACCGCAUUGUCGGUUCCGGCACACCACAACUAACUUUCAUAUUACUAUAGGUCUCAUAUAGGGACCUUACAUAUCUACUUCUAAUAUGCUCUUCUUACGGCUUUUGCCCCGACCACAAAUGUAAUAUAUGUAUGUGUAUGUAUGUAUGUAUAUACACAUAUAUACUAUAAAAAAAUAUUAUUUUAUUGGGAGGGGGAGAGGGGGGUACUUUUCCUGUGAUGGCCUGCUUAUACUGUAUAUUUUUAUUUAUCUUAAAGAUCGUCCUACCUGGCUGGCAGCAGAACUCUAGAGAUGCCAAUACAACUUUAGCUUACUGAAGCCAUUUCACUGCUCAAUUCUCUGCCAUUUAGGAGUUAAUCACUUUUUUUUCCUGUUAAUGCAGCCAUUUCCACACCUCCACCUAGCUGUGACUGACUCAACCUGCAUGAAAACAAAUGGUUUUACUUUUAAUUAGAAUUAACUUUAGUUUACUUGCUUAAAGUUUUCAUCUCCUGCCCUGUAAAUUAAACUUGAAUCACACACAGGACACACCUGCAGGGUAUAACCAACUAUUAAAAAAGAGCAAAGAUAAGAAAUUCCAAGCUAAGUAGAAUUUGCAAUAAAGGCAGUAUAAACGUUAAAUGACUCUUUACAGGAAGUGUUUAGGAAGGCCGAUUAAGUCACAUGCAGGGAGGUGUGACUAGGGCUGCUUAAAGUGAUUUAACUUCUAAAUGGCAGAGAAUUGAGCAGUGAGACUGCAUGGGCAUAAUCUGUACACAAAACUACUCCAUUAAGCUAAGGUUGUUUCGGUGAUUAAAGUGUCCCUUUAAUUUCAGACAUAACCAGAACUGGAGGACUUGAAUAUUAAAUUUUACAAAACAAUGUAGUAGUUUUGGUACUUAAUGUCCCCGUAAACUGGAUUUAUUUUUUUGAGAUUUCAAAGGGGACUGAAAGACAUUUCAGGCCAAGGUAUGAUAAAACUGGUGGGACUAUGAAGAAGUGCUGUGCUAGAGGGGUUGCAGCUCCUCUUACAGCAGAUCAAGCCAAUUCUCAGCUGCUGGAAAGCAAGACAGGCUGGUGUAAAUAGAAUGGCUAAUGUUGGCAGCUCACACUAGAAUUGCAUGCUCUGCAACUAUGUAGAUUAGAUUAGUGAUAAAAAUCAUGCAUUGACAUUCCAGAACAUUCCUAUUUAUAGACAAAUCAUAUUUCCCAAGUGUCCCUCUAUAGGACCCACCUACAUCUGUCCCCCCCAGCUCCUACACUGAAGUUCCACUAGAUUUUUGAGUAUGCCACACGGCUUCACAGAAAUACAACUCCUAUAGGGAUUUUACCUUUUGUGUCACAUUACCUCACUCAAACCCUCUGUUCCUGGGCAUCCAACUUGUCUGGUAACAAUUACGUGUUUGUUAGUCCUUUCAUUGUACAGCGCUGCGGAAUUUGUUGGCACUAUAUAAAUAACGCUAAUAAUACUCAUUCUUGACAUUGUAUACAAUUCCAUUGUGUGCAGAUUAAAAGCAGGUGCAUACCUGAGGACAACUUGGUCAAUAAAACAAAAAAGGCAAGAAUAUUAAAAAUAUAUAUAGAUUUCCUUGCAAAAUUGACCAUCACAAUGUAACCAUAAUCGGCUCUGUAAAUAAAAAGCAACCAUGCAGGCUAAAGAAAUGUAAAUCUGUUUAACCCCUUAACGCCGUUACAGCGUUCUAUGCCGUCCCGCGUUAAUUGGGUUUUAACACCGUAACGGCUUUGAGCCCUGGAGCGCCCGGGAUACUUGCCUACCAGGCGCUCCGCUUCGGGAGGACUGCCUCACAGCCCAGGCAGCCCUCCCCCGGCAAAAGAAGCCUCCGGGGGCCAUGUGAUCGCUCUCAAAGAGCGAUCACCUGGCCCCCUAUAGCUGGCUGUGGGUCUGAAAUGUCAGACAGUUGGUAGGAAAGUAAAAAAAAAAAAAAAAAAAAAAAAAAUUAGACAUGUUUUAAAAUAAAAUAAGUGUGUGUAUAUAUAUAUAUAUAUAUAUAUAUAUAUAUAUAUAUAUAUAUAUAUAUGUAACGUCAUAUAAUGUAAUGUAUUUUAAUAAUAAUAUAAGUACAUAUAUUAGUAUUAAAAUACACUUAGAAUGACAUAUAUAUAAUAUAUAUAUAUAUAUAUAUAUAUAUAUAUAUAUAUAUAUAUAUAUAUAUAUAUAUAUAUAUAUAUAUAUACGUAUAAUUACAAUAAUAUAUACAUAAAAUAUUGAAACAAAUUUAAUAUAAAUUAUAUAUUCAUAUGUAACUUCAUUCUAACUGUAUUUUAUUACUAUAUAUGUAACAAAAUACACUUAGAAUGACAUUCUAUAUAUAUCUAUCUAUAUAUAAAAUACAAAUAACCGCAAAUAUAUUACAUAAAUUACAUUAGUAUACACGUAGAAUUUUAAGUACCUAUAAAUGCAUAUAUAUUAAAAUUCUACAUGUAUAUUUAAGUAAUCUUUUAACAUAAUUAUGUGAUUUGAUUAAUUAAAAUUUGAUUGACAUGCCUGACAACACAGGGAGAAAGUGCACAGAAUUUAAUUCACAAGCACCAUAUUUGACCCUGUAACUCUCAAAGACACCAUAAAACCUGUACAUAGGGGGUACUGUUUUACUCGGGAGCCUUCGCUGAACUCAAAUAUUAGUGUUUCAAACUGGUAAAUUGUAUUACAACUGGUAAAUUGUAUUUAAGUAAAAGUGAAGUUUUUUGCAUUUUUUACAAACAAACGGCACUUUUAUGGACUAGAUUAUUGUUGUAAUAUGUUUUACUGUUUUAAAACACUAAUAUUUGUGUUUAGUGUAGUCUCCCGAGAAUAACAGUACCCCCCAUGCAGGGCCGGCCUUUGGGGUGUGCGAGCUGUGCGGUCGCACAGGGCGCCAUAACACAAGGGGCGCCCUGGCAGCCGACACGGCUCACAAGCUGAGUCCAUCCUGUUACAUGAAAAAUGACUCCGUGAUGGUCCAGUGGUGCACCUAGCAGGAGCUGCAGCCAGAUCAUCAUAACUUCUCCCUCGCACUUCUGGCGCUCAGUUAAUGAGUCAGAGCGCAGCCUCAGAGAUUCCCAGCCCGCGCUCUGACUCCACACAGCGCCAGAACCUUGAGGGAGAAGUUAUGAUCAGCACUCCCUGCUAUUCACCUCUAGCCCACCAGAGGCCAGCACUGGAGAUCGGGGACAGAGGAGACUUGUGAUCGGGCACCAGAGAGAAGGGGCACUGCAUGAAAGCAUUGGCAGCUUGGGACAAGGUAGGAGACUGUAAUACAGCCUUGAGUUCCCAGCCACAGAAACUCCUCCAGUCUGUGACAGGGAAAGAAGAUGCUGAGUAUAGGUGGUGUUACAUCAGCAUUAGUCUGCUGGUGUAAGACUACCUACAUAUCCUGUCUGUCAUAUACCCUCAUCUGUACCCUAACUGUGAUAAUGUGUGUGUAUAUCUGUGACUGCGUUUUAUGAUGUGUCUGUGUACAUCAUGUGUGUUCAUAUCUGACAAGCUUCUUCACUAAAACGACAAUUGUCAGUGAAUUUCAAAGUCACCUGUGCUUCGAAUUCAGCUAUUUUGGCGCCAAAUAUGAAAUCCGCUUAGAAUUCCUGAAAAAAAUUCAUGUUAGUAAUGUUAGUUAUCUGUAUGUGACUGUGUCUAUCUAUGUAUAUGCAACAUGUGAUCUGUGGAUUUGUAUGUGUAUUAAUGGUUAAACGCUCUAAUGUACAUAUAGAGCAAAUUAAAAUAAGGAAAAUAUUUUACAAAGAAACUUUGAAUUAAAAAAAUACACAGUGUGUAUUAACUGAGUGUGUGUGUGCCCAUCAUCAUGCGUGAGUGUCUGCAUGCCUGUAACUGAGUGUGUCUGACUGUCUGCUUGUAACGGUUUGUGUAACUGUCUGCUUGUGCCUGUGAGUGUGACUGUAUACAGCUUUUUACUGGGGGGAUGGGGCGCCGUGAAGACUUUUCGCACAGGGCGCCUAAUGGCCUAAGGCCAGCCCUGCCCCCAUGUACAGGUUUUAUGGUGUUUUGGAAAGUUAGAGAGUCACAUAUAAGGGGGCUUGCAUUUCAUUUUUUGGACAUUGAAAUUUGCCAGAUUGGUUCUGUUGUCUUUGAGAGCGUAUGGUAGCCCAGGAAUGAGAAUUACCCCCAUGAUGGCGUACCAUUUGCAAAAGUAGACAACCCAAGGUAUUGCAAGUGGGGUAUGUCCAGUGUUUCUUAGUAGCCACUUAGUCACAAACACUAUUGACUCCGUCCUGAAGGGAUUAUACCACUUUUUAUUUAUUUAUCUUUUUAAAGGACCACUCUAGGCACCCAGACCACUUCAGCUUAAUGAAAUGGUCUGGGCGCCUGGUCCAGCUAGGGUUAACCCAUUUUUUUUUUUUUUAUAAACAUAGCAGUUUCAAAGAAACUGCUAUGUUUAUAAAUAGGUUAAUCCAGCCUCUAAAGGCUGUCUCAUUGACAGCCACUAGAGGCGUUUGCUUGCUUCUCACUGUGAAAAUCACAGGGGCUGCAUAAACAGAAACAAAGUGAUUUAACUCCUAAAUGACAGUGAAUUGAGCAGUGAAAUAGCAGGGGGAAUGAUCUAUACACUAAAACUGCUUUAUUUAGCUAAAGUAAUUUAGGUGACUAUAGUGUUCCUUUAAUAUCCUGUAUUUAUUUAAAACCAAAUUGAAUGUAUUGUGUGAUAUGCGUAAAUACAUUGCGUUAAAAUCUGAAGUGCAAUGUAUUGGCGACUCAGAUGGCAAUGGGGAAACAUGCAUAUCUUGGCUUCUUUAGUGGCCCAUUUACAGGCUCCUGUGAAAGUCUUGAGCUACGUGCUUGGGCUUGUAUGUGGGACAUUAACUGAGAUGCUUGCAGUGUAACAGAACACACUUUUUAAUAGUAUGCAUGGUGUCUUGUUUCAUUUUGCAGUUGAGCCUAGAGCAGGCCCAGGCACUGGCAGAGCAGGUUGAGAUGAAAGCCAAAGUGGUGCAAUCCGAGAUCAAAGCGGUCACAGCCCGGCACAAGAAGGCCCUUGAAGAGAGGGAAUGCAAGCUGCUUUGGAAGGUUAGUAAAAUUCCGUCUUCAACUCCGGUCAGCUCUCUCCAUUAGUUUGUGACUGCUAAGGUGAAAAGGAUUCUUAUUUACUCACUAAAGAUAUUUUGCCCCAAUAUCCAGCCCAAGUAGAGCGGAACACACUACUAUGUGUUCAGAUCAUGUUAAAGCUCUUGAGAGUGACUCGCUUAAGGGCACCUUUGCCUUUGUACAUAGUAAUAAUAAAUUAUUUUCAUACUCCAAAUUGUAAAAAAAGAUUUAACUCCACUAUGAAAUGGAUUAGAAAUCUUCUAACAGUUUGAGUCUUCACCACAGUUUGACAAGUUGUAUAGUUAUUUUAUAUCUGUAAAGGAAAAUUCUGUUUCCAAAAAUGAGUCUCAAAUCAUUUAUUCAUUUCACAUGUGAUCAUUGAAGUAGCAUUCCAGAUCAAUGUAAUUCCUACUUGGUGAGCCUCUUUAACUUUCUGUUAUUCAUUCUGAAUGUAUAAAAAAGAAAGCAGGGGGGAAACAGUUUAAAGACCAAUUCAUAACAAAUUAGCCUAUAAAGAUCCGAAAUCCUAAUAGAACGUCCCACUUGUAUAACAAAUGCAGGAAUGUAUAGGGUUGCAAAACAUUAAGGUUUGUUAUGGAAGCAGAACAUUCCAUACCAAACCUUAAGGAGAAAUGAUUCUGGUCCUUAAAGGGUUAAAAUAUAGAAGGGGACAUGUAUGAAAACCUUUAGUGAUAAAAAUGAUUGCGUCUGCAUCACAUGGAACAAGUCGUGCGAGCUACAAAGGAUAUACAUCUCAUAAUUAAACCGAUGAGACAAGGUAUUUCUUACCUGCUUUUAGAAGAUGCAUUAUUUUUCAUGUCCAACUCACUGAAUCUUUUUAAAUCGUAUCAAAAGCAGUUACAAUCCAUCAGAUACAGGUCCAAUAUAUCCCUAACGAAGUUCUGAAAUUGUUUAUAUGGAUUGCAAUGUAACCAUCUGCUAAAUAACGGCUUACUAUACCAGAUUAUUAUUCAUGUUGGUGGUUUCUAUACAUUCUCAUUUUUGUGCGUUUUUCUUUUUUUUUUUUUUUUGGUAGGUUGAAAAGAUUCGACAGGUGAAAGCAAAGUCUCUCUACCACCAAGUUGAGAAGCUACAUCAGGCUCUGAGCAAGCUAGACAGUACAAUCAAUGCAGUGGAACAGGUCUUGGAGGAUGGAUGUACAAUGGAUAUUCUAAUUGCUCGGAAUCGUUUCUUAGCCCAGGUGCAAGAUGUCAAGAGUGCUAGGGGUCUCCUGCAGCUUCAGGAGGAUGAUCGAAUCAUGUUUACCCCUCCUGACAAAGCGUUGCUUCUUGCCAUAAAAUCUUUGGGCUUAGUUAGCAGUGGAUCUUUUGCAGCUCUUACAAAAGCCACCGGAGAAGGCUUGAUGCGUGCUCUUCAGGGCAAAGUUGCCUCUUUUAAAGUUAUUGGAUGUGACCAUGAUGGGGAGCCACGGGUGUCUGGUGGUGACUUAAUAACUGUACUUGUUAUGGGUCCUGAUGGUAGUCUGUUUGGAGCAGAGGUCAAUGAUCUGAUGAAUGGUACCUACUUGGUAAACUACAGGCCUCAGCUUGAAGGAGAACACCUUCUCUCCGUAAUGGUGUGCAACCAACAUAUUGAGAACAGUCCAUUUAAAGUAGAUGUGAAAUCAGGCCGAUGCUAUGUGGGUGUUGGGCUUCCUACAAUGUCAUUUGGUGGAGAGGGAGAUCACGAUGGAAAGCUUUGCCGCCCCUGGGGUGUCUGUGUGGAUAAGGAAGGGUAUAUCAUUGUAGCCGAUAGAAGUAACAAUCGUAUCCAGAUAUUCAAGCCAUGUGGUACCUUCCAUUAUAAGUUUGGUAGCUUGGGAUCAAGACAAGGUCAGUUUGAUCGGCCUGCAGGAGUAGCUUGUGACAGUUCCCGUAGAAUUAUUGUGGCAGAUAAGGAUAACCACAGAGUACAAGUCUUCACUUUUGAAGGCCAAUUCAUACUAAAGUUUGGAGAGAAGGGGACAAAGAAUGGUCAAUUUAACUACCCUUGGGACGUUGCUGUAAAUUCAGAAGGAAAGAUCCUGGUUUCAGACACGCGUAAUCACAGAGUCCAGCUCUUUGGACCAGAUGGGACAUUCCUGAAUAAGUAUGGCUUUGAGGGAGCACUCUGGAAACACUUUGAUUCACCACGUGGUGUGGCCUUCAGCCAUGAUGGAUACCUAAUUGUGACAGAUUUUAACAACCACCGGCUGCUCAUUAUCAAACCAGACUGCCAGUCUGCACAUUUUUUGGGCUCUGAAGGAUCAGGCAAUGGGCAGUUUCUCCGGCCACAGGGAGUGGCAGUUGACCUUGAGGGGCGGAUCAUUGUGGCAGACUCUCGAAACCACCGUAUACAGAUAUUUGAACCAAAUGGCAGCUUCCUAUGCAAGUUUGGCACCCAAGGAAGCGGAUUUGGCCAGAUGGAUCGGCCAUCUGGCAUAGCUGUAGCACCUGAUGGCACAAUAGUUGUGGUGGAUUUUGGCAAUAACCGUAUUCAAGCCUUCUAA